CGGCAGGCGCCGCUGUCCCGUUUCGCAGGCCUGGCCGCUGCGGGUUCAGCUGUUCACUCCAGCCCGGGGAUUGACAGGCCUUUUCGCAGGAGGCGGAGGAGGCGGAGGCAACCAUAGCAGACACUGAGAGGCAGUCGCGAGAAGCCUGGGAGGUCGCCGCCGCCUCUGCCUUGCAAUCCGCAGCCAUCCUGACCCCCGAGCCCCCGAGCUCCCCCGCCAGCCGGCUCCCCAGGCACAUUUGGCUCCCUACAACCACAACAGGUGGGUAUUUGGGGGCUCAGGAUGCAGUUCGGGGGCUUUUCUGUGGGGCGAGGUGGGAGGCCGGGCAGUUAUAAAAUGGAGACUGAGGAAGGAAAGCGAAGGAGUGAAGUAGGCCAGGUUUUCCCCCACCUCAGGGGCGGAGGGGAAUGUUUUUUACCAUCCCCCCAACAAUCCCAUUAGCUCUCCCCACCUACCCCCCCUUUUUUGCCCUUAAAGGGGUCGCAGGCCCCCCCUUCCAUAUUUGACUUAUUUCAGACUCUGCUGACCCCAUUUUGUUUGUUUUUGUUUUGCAAAUGCAAAGCAGACCUCCAUCCAGUUUUGAUGCCUCCAUGCAAAAGAAAAAAAAAAUCCAGAGCAACACCCAAAUAUGCAUUUGGUUUAAGUCAUUUUAGGGGUUAUGAAAUUAUUGUUAGGUGCUCCUUGCUAUUGCUGUUGCUAUUAAUUUGUGGUGGAGAGAGGGAAUUGGAAGGUUUUGCAAGGGAGAAUUGAUGAAAGGGCGUUGGUUCCCCACCCCCCUCUGAAGUUUCAAUAACAAACCGUGCAAUUGUAAUGAUCGUUAUUACUGCAAAAUUGUGCGAUGCUGAUUUCAGGGAUGGAGAAUGGAGGUUUGUCCUUGGUUUUGGAGAAGAUGUGGGCCAGUUAACACCCACCUCUUUCUAUUCUCUGCCCCCCCCCCUCCGCCGCUUCAAAACCAAAACAUAAAUGAGAGUGACUGAAUAUAUUUCGGGUGCGCUGGAUUGUGAGAGUCUUGACUUUUAAUUAGUGUGUUGCCUUUCAGCGUUGCCAUUUUGCCCAGGCUUCUGUUUUGCUUUUAAAUCCAUCUCUGCCUUCCAUUGUUUUGGCCGUGCGUUGUGGUUGUGGAAGGCCUGGAUAUGUAUAUCUACGUGUGUGUGUCUGUGUGUGUCCCCUGUGACUGAAACUGCAAAACUGUUUCUUACCUUAGAUAUCGGUCUCUGACAUGCCAUACAUGUAAAACGUGUGUGUGUGUGUGUGUGUGUGUGUGUGUAUGGGCAUCUUUUAAAAUAGCAACCGACAUCACUCUUCCAUUACGACACACCUGAUUGUAUACAGAAAUUGGCAUUUUUGGCGGGUAGGGCACACUUUAAAUAGGGUAAUAACGUGGAAUUUUAUUCUUAUUAUUUCAAAUGCAGAAAGAUGAGGAUUCUUUAUUUUUUUUAAAAAAAAGAAAGAAUUUUGAAUCUCAACUGAAUUUCAGAAGUUUGGGUCUGAUCUUUUUAAUUGGUUGUGUUGUGAUCCUGUUGCAGCUUCUUAUGGGGGGCGGGCAGGAUCCUAGCCCAGAGACUAAAAGUGGAAGAGAGGAAAUUAAGGAAAGUCUUGCUUUGAGAAAUGAGUGACAUUAAGUGUGUGUGUGGUGUGGUGUAAUGAAUGUUGGAAGUAUAUUGUUGGGUGAUGUUAUCCUCUACUGUGAGACUGGUGCGUGUGAAUGGCUGUUAGUUUUUCUGAUGUGGUCAGUCUCUCCCCCCCCCCCGCCCUUUUGUAGAUCAAAUUAGAAUUUUAAAUCUGUUCUUUAAGAACUGUGCAUUUAAUGGGUUUGUAGGGAGAACACGCCCCUCUUUCCCGUGUCUUUUUGGGGCUACAAAUCAUGGUUUUCAUUCCCAAAGUUGUGCAGCUUCCCAGCUGUGAAAUGGUGAUGAUGAAACAAGAGAACAUUUGGGAAGUUGGAUCUGUCUAUGCCUUCAAGAUGGUCACUGUGUGUCGCAUCCAAAAUUCUACUGUCAAUGGCUGUCGCUGUAAUACAAAAUGAGGAUUGUGACAAUCGAAUUUUUUUUAUUGUCGUCUUUGAUCAAUACCUCUUUAAGCUUUGGGGGGGGCAUGAUGAAAGGCACAAAAGGUGGUGCUACUUUUUUCUCAGGAUGAUGGCCUGUGUUUAAGAGUGCUUCUUAUUUUCUUGAGCUGGCUUCUAGCAGGUAGAAUUGCUGGGGUGUUUUUUUGGUGGAAUGUUACAUUAGAUCUCUUCUCCAGUGCUGAGCAGUCACAGGCAGUCAUUGAUUUCUGUUAGCACCUAGCUUUGACACAUUUUCCCAAAGUCAAGCAUUUAAAGAUCCAGAGCCACAGGUAAAAUUGAGACGGGUGGGCUAUGAAACUGUAUAUAAAUAUCAAUAAACUCUGCUUGCCUUUUGCAGAUACAUAUACAUGUUCUUUUACUGGUUAAAUCUUGAAAGUUCCUCUCCGCCCUGCCCCCACCCUAGCCUAGUAUUUGGGGUAUAUUCCCCAUGUAGAGAGAGAGCGAUGAAAGCCUCUCUUUUGGACUUUUUCUUGUAAUCACGAUGCCUUGGACCACAAGCGUGCUAAAUGUUUGAUUUUUGGGAUACAGUGGAAGGAGCUUAGCCAAUGUGGGGUACACUUCAUUCCUCCCCCCUCUGCUUUUUGCGAUAGAAGGGUUAUCGGUAUCCCAGUUCUGAAAUUGGUUGGUAAUUGGGAAGGUGUCCUUGAACAGUCCACAUCUGUCUUGUGACCAUUCCUGGUCCAUGUUAUGGUCUGUCUGGAAAUGGCUCCUCCUAUGUGUGUUGGGGUUAAAGAUAAUGGACUUGUUUGGGCAUCACCCUAAAUCUGUGCCUCUCUCUAUGUCAUUAUGCUCCAACUCCCAUUAAUCCACAUGGCCAGUGGUCAAAGAUGAUGGAAUGAGAGCUGUAGUCCAAUGAUAGCUGGAGGGCCUCAGGUGUUCUUCACACUGGUGCUAAGCCAUACUUGUCCCUGGGUAAGGUGGGUGAGGCUGCUCACCUGUCAAUCACAUUGACUUCAGGUGACUUCAGGGCUUGCCAAUAGCGUUUAGUGCUUUGAAGUGCUGCUGAUCAAAAGAUUGUUGAUGCUUCAAAGCGCUAAGGAGGGCUCUUUAUAAGCCCCUUCAAGGAUUGACCAGUUAUGGAAUUUUCCAUGGGAAGCAUAACAGCACAGCCAGACCUAGGAAGCUUUAAGUCAGUUCCUAUCCGUUGCUAGCACUAACUUCAAGCCCUGCUUUCUAUUGGGUCCAGCUGUGCUGAGGAGCUCCCCAUGGGAUACUCAGGAAUAUAUCUGAUCCCAGGUGACCUGCUCUUGCCACUGAUCAGCUGAUUGACAGGGAGUGCAAGCCUCCCUUGUCAUUGCACUUUAAGGCUCGUGAUCAUACAAUAGCAGCUGCGUCUUCACCUACCCCAUACCUUAUGUCACGGAUGAUGUGAGAGGUGGGGUGGGUGGGUGUGAUUUGGGAAACAGCCUCAUGGGCCAAAUUGGGAGCCAUGCUGAGCCUUAUUAGCUUAUAUAUCUGAGUUUCUAACACUGGAUCUGUUGCUCCAAAACAGAGGGAAAUAUUAAAGUAGACCAGUUAAGACCAGAAAUGUGAAGUCCUGGGGUGGUGAUGGAAUGGUAUGGGGGAAAAUUUCUUUGUUUCCCCCCCUCCCUAAACCUAGGGUUAUAUCCAGUGUAGUGCUACAUGAGGAAUUUGUUUGCACAGCAGAGUAUUCUCCUCACUCCCCAAAACCAGCCUUAGGGGUUCCCCCAACCUUCUGGAGCAGAAUUGGUGCGAGUGCAAAAGGAAAAGAGGACGGAAAGUCCCAUUGCACAAGCAGAAAUCAUAAGAAUGUAAGAUGAGCCCUGCAGGGUUGGGCCAAUGGCCUAUCUAGUCCAGCAUCCUGUUAUCACAGUGGCCAACCAGAGGCCUGUGGGAAACCUUCAAGCGGGACCCGAGCACAAGCCUUCUCCCCUCCUGCGUUUUCCAGCAACUGGUAGUACAGCAUCCAGCUGUGGAGGCAGAGCACACCUAUAAUGGCUAUUAGGCAAAUCCUUGCACUGAUGGGACGUUUGAGUUGAAUACUGCCCUUAAAAUUUAUAGAUGAGCAAUAUUUUUUUGGGGGGGGGAGAGGAUGAGUCUGUUGAGGGCUAUUAUUCAUGGUAGCCAAAUGGAACUUCCAUGCUCAGCACAGUAUACCUCUCCCAUGCCAGGUACAGUUGACAGACUGUUCGUGAGGGUGCAGGCUCUCCAUGUUUCUUGUAUCGUCUGCUUUUGGUUUGAAAUAGUAUAAGAUUUUGGCCUGCUUUUUCUUGGGGGCGUUUCUGCAGCUUGUGUAAGAGAAAUUCCUAGUUCUUUAUAACUCUGAGUACCAUCCCCGGACUAGAUUUGUCCCCUCCGUAUAUUUGAGGGCUUUGUUUGAAGGAAACUCUGAGUGUUGUAAUUAGCCUCAAAUAGCUUUAGAUAACUUCGAGGAGUUUUGGAUGGUUUCAGCGGGAUUUCAAAGGGGCUUUCGAAGAGCCUCAAAGGAAGGGAGGAUGUUUAGAAUGCCAUCCGGUGACUCCCGGAGUCCUUAUCUGUGGCUGAGGUAUAAGCUUAUUUUCUGGGAGUGUGUCUUGUAUUAUUUUUUUAAAAGCUCCUACUCCCUCUGCUGAGGCUCACAGGAGACUUGUUUCAGGCACCAUCUUCUUUCUCCUCUGUAUACCUUUCAAUAUCAGGUGUUGUUGACAAACUGCAUAAAGGCUGUUGUCUUUAGGCUCAGGUUUGGGCUUCUCAGGUGUAUCUGGAUGGCUGCUGUUGAAUUCUGACUGGGGAAUUUGCUGCACUGAUGCAGCAGGAAAACAUUUUAUAAGCAGGGCCAGGGGACCUGUGACCCUCUGGCCUUUCCAGGUACCUAGGAAACUGCCUUAUACAGAGUCAGACCAUUGACCCAUCUAGCUAAGCAGACUUGGCGGGAACUCUCCAGGAUUUCAGGAAAAGGAACUUUCCCAGCCCUUCCUGGAAUAGUUGCCAUUGGUGAUUGAACAUGGGACUUUCUGCAUGCAAAGCAGAUGCUCCCCUACUAAGCUACAACCCUUUCAUAGGGUUUUCUGAUAACUCUUGGGAGGUUUCCCUGCUGCUCCUGCCUCCUGCCUAGGCCCUAGCUAGGAUCAAGAAUGGGGAAACUAUGGAAUUUUCUGCCACAAGAUUUGGUGGCCACCAGCUUCAGGAACAUAAGGAGAGCCCUGCUGAAUCAGACCAAAGGCCUAUCUAGUCCAGCAUCCUCUUUUCCACAGCAGCUGAAUGAAAGCCCCAGUGGGAAGCCUACAAGCUGGACAUAAGAACAAUGCACUUUUCUUGCAGGUGUUGCCCAGUGACUGCUAUUCAGGGACACACUGACUCUCAUUCUGAAGGCCCUGUAACAGCAAAUGUGACUAGCAGCCAUUGGAAAGCAGAAUAGGCACAUUCACAGAAAAUCAGGCUAUUGGUGUUUGCUAGCCAUGGUGGCUAUAUGCCACCUCCAGAAUCAGAAACACUAUGAAGUGCUGAGGAGGAGAGGGCUGUUGGCCACUGUUGGAGAGAAAAUGCUGGAGUUGAUGGGCCUUUGACAUGAUUUGCUCCUAAAUGUAGUGGCCACCGACUUGGAUGGCUUUAGAAGAGGACUGAUGAUGAAUCAAGGAUAAGGCUAUCUAUCAGUGGCUACUAGCUGUGGUGGCGAUGCUGUGCUUCUACAGUCAGAGAUGCUUCCAAAUACCGUAUUUUUUGCACCAUAACACUCACUUUUUUCCUCCUAGAAAGUAGAGGGAAAUGUCUGUGCGUGUUAUGGAGCGAAUGCCUGCGGGUGGCGGGGGGGGGAUCUGCUGCAGUCGUGAGUAGAGGAUCCAUGGUUCCCCUUCCUUCCCUCCUCCGUGGUUACAAAAAAUGGAUCCACAUGGAUCCUCAGGAUUUUUGCAUUGGGCUACUCCAAACUCACUGUCAGAUCACAUGUCUGUGGCCACAGCAUGAACCACAAAAAUCAUAUAUCCACUAUUUUGUUUAGAAUAUUUUUUUUCUUGUUUUCCUCCUCUAAAAACUACGUGCGUGUUAUGGUCUGGUGCGUGUUAUAGAGCGAAAAAUACGGUACCAGUUGCUGGAAUCGUUUGUCCCUUUCUGACAACAUCAGGCUAACAAUCAAGAUGGACAUGACUGUUGAUACCAAGGAGAUUAAUUAGACAGAUCAGUCUUAUUUAGACAAGCUCAUGGAGGUAAAGGGCUAUCAGUAGCUUCCUAGAGUCCUCCAGCUAUGGGGCAGCUAGGAAGGUAAAUAAGUAUGGGGAAAGCAAAAUGUCACUUAGAGAAAGAUCUGCAAUAUUUUCCUUGAAGCUUGCAUUUGUUUUCUUCUGGAUUGUUUCACUUGAUGUUUUAAUGUGUUGUAAACUGCUUUGAGAUUUUUUCUUUUAAAAUGCGGGUAAUACCCAGAGCUCUCUCUCCUUUAAAUCAGAACCAGUGAAGGCAGUGAAUAUCCUGUGUGAGUGUCUGAAGGGGUUGGAGGAAAUGAUGGUGGUUAAUGAAUUGAGGUUGAAUCCCGACAAGACAGAAGUACUGUUUUUGGAAGACAGGGUGUGGGCGGGUGUGUGGGACUCCUUGCUCCUGAAUGGGGUAACUGUGCCCCUGAAUGACCAGCUGCGCAGCCUGGGAGUCACUUUGGACUCACAGGUAUCCAUGGGGGCACAGGUCAGUUCUGUGUCCAGGGCAGCUGUCUUCCAGCUCCAUCUGGUACCAAGGGCGUAGCCAGGACUUUUGCUGUUGGGGGGGGGGGAGGCCUUUGUUAGGGGGGCAGAACAUCAGUUGGUUAUGUAUUUUUAUUUAUUUUUAUUGAUUUAGGGGGGCAGCUGCCCCUCCCUGCCCCCCUGGCUAUGCUAGGGAGACUUGGAAACUACAACUAAUCCAGAAUGUAGCAGAUAGACUGGUGACUAGGAGUGGCCUCCGGACCAUAUAAUGCUGGUCCUAAAGGAUUUUCAUGGGCUCCUAGUACGUUUCUGAACACAACUCAAAGUGCUGGUGCUCAUCUUUAAAUGGCCUUGGCCCAGUAUACCUGAAGGAGCGUCUCUACCCCCAUUGUUCAGCCCAAACACUGAGGUCUACCUCCUGGGGUCUUCUGACAGUUCCCUCACUGCAAGAAGUGAAGUUACAGGGAACGAGGCAGAGGGCCUUCUUGGCAGUGGUGCCCUCCCUGUGGAAUGCUCUCUAUGUCAAGGAGAUGAAGAACUUUUAGAAGACAUCUGAAGGCAGCCCUGUAUCAGGAAGUUUUUAGUAUUUGACGUUUUAUUAUGUUUUUAUAUGUGCUGGAAGCCACCCAGAAUGGCUGGGGAAACCUAGUCGGAUGGAUGGGUGGCUUAUUAUUAUUAUUAGGUAUAGAAAGUAAAUAAUUCUUAAUAAUAAUAAUCCCUGCUAUAAAAAAGGCACUUAGAUAUAUUGUGACUGUCACCCAGGUUUAAGGUGCCAUUUGGCAAUUAGCUGAAAUAUCUGUCUCUAACCCUGCUCCCUGCUUGUGGAAUGCUCUCCCAAGGGAGGCCCUACUGGCGUCAUCGCUGUCUGUUUAUAAGCACCAGGCACAAAUACUGUUCUUUACCAAGGCCUUUACCCCUAGUUUGCAAAGUAAUUGGUUAUAUCCAUGGCCUUUCCCCCCAUUCAUCCUUUUAGUUUAGUUUAGUUGAGGUGGAUUUAUCUUUUAAAAUAUUUUGGUUUUUAUAUUCAUGGAUUAGUAUUUUAGGUCUAGUAUUUAUAUUUUGUUUUAAUAUUUCUUCUGAUUCCUUAUAUCUACCUUCCAUAGGAUCAUAGAAUUGUAGAGUUGGAAGGGACCCCAAGGAUGAUCUCUUCCAACCCCCUGCAAUGCAGGAAUCUCAGCUAAAGCAUACAUGACAGAUGGCCAUCCAGCCUCUACUUAAAAGCCUCCAGUGAAGGAAAGUCCAUUGCUUUUCUCAUCUUAUGCCCACUUAAGAAACUGUUGUUUGCAUUGGAAUACCAGGCGUGAAAUCCUCCUCCUGGGUAUAAAGGAUUACCUAAAGCCUUGGCAAUAGGAAUUUUGGGUUGUAUCCAGAGUAGACCCAUUAAAAUUUACGGAUCUAACUUAGUCAAGAUAGGCUCUGAGGUUCUCGGUUCUGAGAAGGACUAGCACUGGAUAUAACCCUUUCUCUCUCCCUGCCCCUAUCUUAAACCUUGUGUUUGUUUUCCUUUGCGGCUAAUCUUAACUGUUGUGAAGAUAAGCUUCCACUUCUGACCUGGAUACAUGCCAGGGCAGUGUAGAUGUGUUUCUGUGCUCCAGUUCAUUUGCAACAGAAGGGGUAGAGAACGGGAUUUGGCCAGGAGCCCAGAUUGUUAUCUCCUCCACACAUAACUGAUGGGCCAAAUCUGGAAGAUGGGCAGUGUCCCCCACCUGGCAAUCACAUGACAUUACAAUGAGACAUUGGUGGUGGGAGCAUGGAAGCAGUGGGAUCGUUUCACAGGCAGUGGCAAUGUCACAGGACUGAGUGUCAGGCUCUUUGUUUGCUCCGCUUCAAUGAAAUACUUUACAGUUUCUUGUUGCAUCUGAACUAGCAAACUAUGGUUUGACCUUGCCUUCCAAACCAGGAUUCCAAACCACCAUGGUUUGGCAUUCCAUCUGAACUGAAGCUCUGUGAGCGUUGGCAAUUUUAUCAUUUCCAUUCCCUGGUUGGAAGCUGAAUUUUGUGUAUGGGUGUGAGAAAGAUGCCUUAUUCAUAUGUGGCUGAGCAGUGAUUUGAACCCGGACAUUCCAUUCUAUUCUCUCUGGUGAGAGUGGCAGAGCACAUGCUUUGCAUGUAGAAGGUCCCAGGUUCCACUCCUGGCUUCUCCAGGUAAUAAGAUCAGGGUAGCAGGUGAGAGCCUUCUCUGCCCAAGCACCUAGAGCAGGAGUGUGGAAUAGCUGAAGUAAGUAUUCCAGUUAGCAAACUUUUUUUGGAAGCCGAAUGUCCAAUAUGGCUUCCGAUUGAGGAAGCUCCUGCAGCCAAUCAGAAGCCACAUCUUGGUUUUCGAACCUUUUCAGAAGUAGAAUGGACUUCUGGAACAGAUUCUGUUCGAGAACCAAGGUACGACUGUACUGUUUUAGCACUGGGCAUGGGGCAGGUCUGUGGGUCUUGGGAAAACAGCCUUGCAGGCCUAGUUUGUCCCAUGGGCUGGAGGUUUCCCACCACUGAAUGGGCAGUAGCAGGCUAGAUGGGCAAACAGUGUGUCCUAAUAUAAGGCAGUUUCUAGUGUUUCCUCUGCAUCUGCUUGCUAUUGCUUUUGGCAAGCGUUUUGGGUGAGAUUGGCAAGUGGCCCUUAGUUCUGAACUGCUGGGUUAGGAUUUUUCUAAAGACUGUCGAUAAUGUGUGGGUGGGUGGGUGUUUUCUAAUUGCCACCUUGCAAAAUCAGCCCAUAGGUGUUUUCUUACCCACCUGUCCACAUGCACCUGUGCCAAAUCAUUUGUUGCCCAUCAACAGCCUUCAGGGGGAGAGAAGUAAUAACGGUCUCUCCUCUGAUUUCCAAAUGUUGUCCUACCUGGUAGACUCUCCCUCAUCACCUUGAAGCUGGAUACCUCAGGGACAUUGUGUGCUCCUUUCUUGAAUUUCCAGCUUACAUUUUUAAAAGUCAAGUGGCUAGCCCUCGUGGAUAUGAAUUUUGAAAAGUGUGCAGACAGUUUUUGUGCUCAGUUGCUUGUGUAGACUUUAACCUUUUGCUUUUUCUGGGCUACUAAUGUUUUGGCCACCAGUGGCAAAGAACUAAGCCCUUAUUUUUAAAUUUUAAGCAAUGUUUAGUACAAUUAAAUAACCUUGUUAAGUUACCUCUAUUUGUUUUCUGGUUGCUCCCCAUUGAUUCCACAUCCCUUGCACCCUGUACCAAGAUCAGUGCUAGAGGAUACGGUUUGCUUCCAUGGUGAAAGGGAAAAGGUAGGAGGGCACUUUUUGUUUUGGCCCUUGACAGAUUUAUCCCAAAGGCGAUGUGGACCUUAACAACUCCAACCCUUGAUCUGCACAAUUUUUUUGUGAGCUGCAAGGAGGAAAUUGGAAGCCCUUGCUUCCAUUUUUACUAAUGGAAAUGUCUCAUUGUGUCCAAACUGUUGUGUUUAAAACUGUAUGGUUUCUUGAAGCCAGGGUCAGUAACCAUGGUUUGAAAGUGGGGGGGAAAUCCAAUGUAAAUUGGGCUAAAUUUGUAUUGUAAGAUAACCUGAUGCCCCCAGGGAGCAAUCCGGUUCAGCACAUUUAUUUUACUUGUACGUUGGUACUUCAGUUGACGAACUUAAUCCAUUCUGGAAGUCCGUUCUUAAACCAAAACUGUUCUUAAACCGAGGUACCACUGUACUUAGUAAACCAACCAACCAACCAGCCAACCAAAUAAAUAAAUUGAAAUGGCCAGACUUGUCUAAAUAUUGUUGUUGCACUUUGCAUCUGUUCAUGAUACUCAUUAGCUUACAAAAUGGAAAAUCUGCAGAAAAACUGGGGGAAUAUUUUUUUCACUUUCCACUCAAAUCCAGCCUAGAGUUACCCUCAUAGCACCUCAAAGCUAGGUUAGCCAUUCUCUGUUCUAGACAGUUACUAGUAUCAGACCUCAUUGGCUUCUGCAAGGUGACAGCAACUAUGUCUUUCAUGGUGGCUGUCGUGUCCUCUCUCGUGUGGGUAUCUCAUAUGGUGUCCUUUGGGCAUUAGACUACAGUGUCCAUUAUACCUGACCAUCGGCUGUGCUGGCUUCAAAAAGUAGUGAAGGCUGCCACCUUGAAAGGAGUUAAAAGAGGGUUAGAUGAAUUCAUGCAGGAAAAGACUAUUGUUGGCUACUAGUCAUGAAGACUGUGUUCAUCACCAUCCACUGUCGGAAGCCUCUGGGUGCCAAUUGCUAGGAAUUGCAAGUGGGGAGAUUGCUGUUGCCCUCAUGUCCUGCCUCCCAAAGGCACUUGCAAGAAGAGGACUAGGUGGGCCAUUGGCCUUUUCGAACAUGGCUUUUCUUACUAUCUUUUGGCUGGGAUUGACGGGUUCUAGUGGCACUAUAUUGCAAUUAAACCUUGCCUAGGCGCCUCCCCCCCAGUGAAAUUUAUUAUUAUUAUUUAUUUCAUUUCUAUGUCACUUUACAGUUUAAAUAAAAAAAUCUUAAAACAAUUCACAACACAUUAAAACAUCAAAUAAAACAAUCCAGAAUAAAACAAAUGCAAGCUUCAAGGAAAAUAUUGCAGAUCCUUCUCUAAGUGACAUUUUGCUUUCUCCCAUACUUAUUUAACUUAAUAGCUGCCCCAUAGCAGAAGGACUCUAGGAAGUCAGUGUGGUGUAGUGUGGUGUAGUGCUUAGAGUAACGGACUAGGACCUGGGAGAUCAGGGUUCAAAUCCCCACUCUGUCAUGAACCUCACUGAGUGACCUUGGGUCAGUCACAGCCUCCAUACCUACCUCACAGGGUCGUUGUAGGGAUUAAUUGGGGGAAUGAACCAUGUGCUCUUUGGAGAAAAAGGUGGGAUAUAAAUGCAGUAAAUAAGCUCUUCUGCUUACCUGUUUUAAGAAAGCUGGAGGGAUCAGCCAGAUGGAGAUGUCAGUUGCCAUCCUGGCAUCCAGAGACCUCCAUGUGGUCACAGUCGGACCUGUGCCAGUUGCAAAAUAUGCCUGGUGCCUAGAGAAUUUUGGACACUGCAGAGUGGUGACCCAAUAUGAACAUUUUCUGCCAUUUUCCCUGCACUGUCAGGUGCCCAUUUUGCUCUGUGAUCAUCAACUGCUUUACACAUCUUUCAAAGGCACAUUUUUUGCUCAGGGUUUCCUGGUGGUCCAUAAGACUGGACCGUGUUGUCUCUGAAUUCUUGUUUUUAUAAUGCUGCUGUUCUUUGUGAAAGAUGCUAUUUUAUUGCUGUUUAUUCUGUAUAUUGCGUAGGGCUUUUAAAUUAUGAAGUGCUUUAUAAAUACUGAUAAAUAAACCUUUGGUGGGCUCUGUUGGCUGCACCUUAUGAGGUAGAGCAGGGGUCAGCAAACUUUUUCAGCAGGGGGCUGGUCCACUGUCCCUCAGACCUUGUGGGGGGCCCGGACUAUUAUUUUGGAGGGGGGAGAACGAAUUCCUAUGCCCCACAAAUAACCCAGAGGUGCAGUUUAAAUAAAAGGACACAUUCAACUCAUGUAAAAACACACUGAUUCCUGGACUGUGGGCCAGAUUUAGAAGGCAAUUGGGCCGGAUCUGGCCCCCGAGCCUUAGUUUGCCUACCCAUGAUGUAGAGCUCUCAAGGUAAUCACCAGCACUUUGACUGUUUCUGGAAGCAUCUUGGUAACCAGAGCUGAUGUGAAAGUUGUGGCUAUAGAGAAUAAGAAUAAGAACUGUACGUGCUUCAGUCAAUCUGGCUGGUUCUAGCAGGUGCCUUUCAUUCAUGCCCAGCAAGGUGGGGCUGAGGAACAAGCAGCCCCUUCCUCUGCAGCUUGCCUAAGAAUUCCACUGGCAAAAUAACUAUUUCUAGGUUUGCACUGUUUAGAGCAGGGGUUUGCAGAACUCCCAACUCCCAUCCCUAAACGUUGGCCACGCUGGCGUGGGCUGAUGGCAGGUGGAGCCAAAGCAAUGUCUUGAGGGCGACAUAUCCCCCUUCCCUUGUCACAGUGUAGUGGCCAACCCAAGUAUUUAAACACUGGUUUAUCCCCCAGCCAUGUGUAAAAGGGUGGGAGUGUGAGACUGGGGUGGGAGGCAAGCACCCACUUGGUAGUUUUCCUUCUUCUGCCCUUCUCUACACACCCUCUCCUAACCAGUGCCCUGCCAACAGCUUUCUAGUACUGUUUAUUUAUUUACUUAUUUUAUUGUAUUUUUCUCACUUUCCUCCAAGGAGCUUAAUGUGGUACACAAGGUUCUCCCCCCCCCCCCCCCCAAUUUAAUCCCCACAAAAACCCUGUGAGGUACGUUAUAGGCUUAGAGGUAGUGAUUGGCCCAGAGUCACACCCAGUGAGCUUCAUGGCCUUGAGGGGGGCAGGCAGUCAUGGGUCAGCCCCCUUUCUUGCCUGUGCACCUUUUGUGCUUUAAAUUUCACCACCUUCCUUCUUUACAUGUGACUGGGGCUGGGCCACUUUUGGAAAAGGCAUGAGGGGAUCCAGCCCAAGCAGCUUUUUGAUGGUAACACAAACAAUCCUUCCUUGAGAUGUGGCAGUUGUUUAUUCCUUCCUCUGUCAUUGUUCCGAUGCGAACUGGGAUUGCGAGAAAGGGUGGUUGCUAGGGCUUCUUGUUGGCAUCUCCAGACUGUGAUCUGUUUCGCUGGCUUUUCUUGAAGGAUUACCACCUGCCCUCUCCUUUUUUCUUCUUCUUCUCCACCCUCUGUUAACCACCUGACAUCUGCUACUGCAAAUGUUCCCCUUCCUGCAAGGAUCUGGGGAAUUGUGUUGUCAAUGGGAGUGCGCAGAGUGUGCAGGUUGAUGAGUCACUGUUUUCCUGUUGUAUAUACAUACAUGCAAUCGCUUUGAUUCAGUUAAAUUGCCAAGCGCAGGCCAGUCGCUAUUGAGCCUUCCUCAUAUCUCUGUUGCUGCCAAGGCCACAGCAAUCCAGACCUAACGAGUAGCACUAACUUAUUAUGCAGAAAAGACUGAUCUGAUAUUGCCACAACAGGAAAAGCAACUGCAAAUAUGUAGAUUAUUCGGGUCUUUAUUUGCAUUAAUGCUGUUUUGCUGAUUAAAAUCUGGGGAGCAUGCCAGGUAUUCGUGUGCUUGGGGACUUGUGAUGGGUUCAUCAUCACCCUUCGCCUCGCUCUGGUCAGAGUGGAGGAACUCCAGGCCCAGGGGCUGGAAGUGGCCCUCCAGACCUCUCUGUCCUGCCCUCAUAAUUUCCCCCAGCCACACCUCUCACCAGCCCUGCUUUGCACCUCCCUUGAGUGUUUUUGCUUGGCUGCAAAGAGUCUCCUUAAACUCUGAAAUUGCUACUUGCUUGCCUGGAUGGGGGAUAGAGAGGGGUUUGUGAGUGUAUGCAGAAACUAGCCUACUGUAGAAACGUGAAUUUUAAAUUUGUUGCUCUACCUACUUUUGCAUCUGGCCCACCUGCUGGUGCCAUUUGGCCACCACUUCUCUCUCUCUCUUUCCCUCUUUCCCUCCCUUCCCCCACAACACACACACACACACACACACACACACACACCCACACACACACAGAGCAGUCCUUAUGAAGUCCCAGUGGCCUACAGCCAUAGCAAAGCAACUUAAUAAACCUGGGAAACAAACACAAACAACCUCAGUGGACUCAUUUUCUAACACGGAAGGGUUGUUUAAAGAGAACCCACAGGACAAGUUAUCCUCAUGAAAUCUUGGCUGUUUUAAAUAAAGCAGUAGGCUUUAUUUAUGGAGGAAUUAACAUAAAGUGCCCAGUUCUUGUGGGUGUGGAAUGUUGGUCCAAAAUGUUCUACAUCCUGGGACCAAAGGAAAGUAUGGACGACCCCCCCCCCUGGGGACUCUGGAGAGCAGCAGUUGUUGUUAACAGCUGACUACAUACAAUUCUGCUGCUACUCCCUUCCUGUUUGGUCUAUUUGUUUUGAACAGGUUAUACCUCUCAAUUCCUAUAUUCCAGUCAUGAGUCUCAUCCCACCAGGUUUUGUAAUGUCUGUCAUUCAGUAAUGCCUGCCAUCCUGUAUUAAGAACUCCAGUUCAUCUUGUUUGUUUCCCAUACUCUGUGCAUUUUGUAGAGACAACUGAAACCAUGAGUUGUUCCCUGCAGCUGCUUUUUUCCUGUAGUUUUUUGCCCUUUAGCAGGAGCACCACCUCAGUUUCCUGUGCAUCAAUGAAACUACCAUAUAUACUCAAGUAUAAGCCCAUUUGCAUAUAUGUGAUGUUUUAAUGUAGGUGUUGUUGUUCUUAAUAUCGGAGUUUUGGAGUAUGUUGUCAGCAGUUUGCUGAAGACACACAGCUGUAUUUCUCUUUUACAUCUGUAGCUGCGUCAGUGGAUGUACUGGACUGUUAUCUUGCCUUGGUAAUGGACUGGAUGAGAGCCAAAAAACUGAAGCUCAAUCCAGAUAAGACUGAGGCUCCAUUAGUGGGGGUUGCUUAGAAUGGAUGGAUGGGAGGUUGCCUGCUCCUGAUGGGGUUGCACCCCCUCUGAAGGAGCGGGGGUGGGGGGUAUGUACCUAGGGGGUACUUCUGGAUCUUUUGCUUUUGAUUGAGGCUUAGGUGGCCUCAGUGGUGUGGAGUGCCUACCAUCAGGUUCAGCUAGUGGUCCAGCUGAGCCCCUAUCUUGACAGGGAUAGCCUAGCUUCUGUUUUCUGCUCUGGUAGCCUCUAGGUUAGAUUACUUCAAGGGUCAGCAAACAUUUUCAGCAGGGGACCAGUCCACUGUCCCUCAGACCUUAUGGGGGGCCAGACUGUAUGGGGGGGGGAAUGAACGACUUCCUAUGCCCCACAAAUAACCCAGAGAUGCAUUUUAAAUAAAAGGACACAUUCUACUCAUGUAAAAACACGCUGAUUCCUGGACCAUCCGUGGGUCGGAUUUAGAAGGUGAUUGAGCCAGAUCCGGCCCCUGGACCUUAGUUUGCUUACCCAUGGAUUACUGCAAUGUGUAAUGAGUAGGGCUGCCUCUGAAGUUUUGGAAUCUUGAGCGGUCAGGUUGCUCACUGGGGUUAGGCAGUUUGAGCACAGGAUUACACCAAUCCUGGCACAGCUGCACUGGCUGCCAAUUAGUUUCCAGGCUCAAUUCAAAGUGCUGGUUUUGACCUAUAAAGCCUUAAAUGGCUCAGGACCACAAUACCUCAAGGACCACCUUUCCCCACAUGAACCGACCCAGACCCUGCACCCAUCGUCUGAUGCCCUUCUUUAUGUGUCCCCUCCACGAGAAGCCUGGAAGGUGACAGAAUGAGAACAGGCAUGCUUGUGGAAUGCUCUCCCCAGGGAGGCUCACUUUGUGCCUUCAUUGCACAUCUUUAGGGGCAAGGCAAAAACAUUUCUUUAUCACUGAGCCUCUGGGUGAUUAACAUUGUAUGGCCUUUUAAAUCUGUUUGUGGGAGGGGAAUAUUGGUUCGUUUUUUGUUUUAUUAUGUAUUUUCAUUCUUUAUGUUGUGAACUUCCCUGCGAUCUUUGAACGAAGGGUGCUGUACAAAUUAAACAUAAAGAAUAAUAGCAACACAUGACUAUGAGUAUUUUUCUUAAAAUAUUGUAAAUAGCUUUGAGGUGCUAUGACAAAAAAACUAUUAACACAUUUAAUAAAUAAUAACAAUAAUAACAAAAGCAGGUCAAUAAGAUGCUUAGAAUGCAGAUUGAUAUUGUCCUUUAUGUAAAAAUGUGGUGUGUGUUUUUUUACUGUACUGCUUUUCUCCUCCCCCGCACCUCAGGCAGAUCGGGAGCGGCGCAGAGAAAUUUCUUUACUAGAUGACAUUUCAUCGCAAUGUCCGAUCGUUUGGGGCAACUUACCAAGGGAAAGGAUGGGAAAAGCAAGUACUCCACUCUCAGCCUGUUUGAUAAGUAUAAAGGAAAGUCAGUAGAAGCUAUCAGGACCACAGGUAAGCAAGGAGGGGGGAGUGAACUUGGAGGGAAGCGGAGAGGGAACUAUGGGCUAGAGGCUUUGGAUUCAUGGACAGUCUUCUGUGCAAUAACAGUUGCCUUGCAAAUAAGCUCACAUAAGUUACUAGCCUGGUAGGAGGAAGGUUCAAGGCUCAGUGGCAAAGCAUCAGCUUUGCAUGCCAAAGGUCUUAGAUUCAUCCUCUGGCAUCUGAACACAGGGACUGCAGAAGAACUCACUGUCUCAAAUCCUGGAGGACGUCAACCGAUCAGUGCAGAUAACAGUGACCAGGGUGAUAGGGCUUUGUGGAAGGGCAUUUGUGCUUCUGUUUGUGCAUCCAAGGCCAGUGCUCGUAGCUAUGGAAGCAAGUGAGGGAUGACUUGAAACAGUUUAAUCCCUCCAGGGUUUGGGAGACUGCUCUUUUAGAAAGAUCAGUGUAUAAACUGAGCAUCUCUAGAGGUCAAAGCAAGAAUAAUUUCCUUUCUGUUUGAUAUGAUUUUAUUGAGUACGCUUAUAAUAUGAAACAUAGCCAUUCACCCAAGCUGCAUUUAAAUGGAUCUGGCUGAUUCAGUCGAAUAAUUGCACUAGUGGGCGAGUUUGCAGGAGUCAUCAUUCCUCCCACCCUUUCAAAAAUAAGGGAUAACUUAAGUUGAUUCUCGAGUAUUAUAUUUUAUGUGUCUUUUUUUAUACCUCCUUAACCUGUCUUUAAAAAUAAAAAAAAUAUACUUUUCAAGUUUAUACAUUUCACUAAUUUUAUACAUUUCACUAAUUUUACAAUCAUUUUGACAUUUCAAAACUUGACUUCCUUCCCCCUCUUUCUGCAGUUCCUUAAAUUUAUUUUUUAAUAUCUUCUGCAUAUCCAAAUUAACUUAAUUUGCUCAUUUAUUCAUUUUCUUUAAAUAUAUACUCUUAUGAAACUGCAGGUUAUUACAAUAAUCCUGCCAAUGUUUUUAUCUGUUUACAAUUUAUCUGUAAAAAGUCAAUAAACCAUUUCCAUUCUUUUAUAAAAAGUUUGUUAUCUUGAUUUCUUAUUUUCCAGUAAGUUUUGCCAUUUCUGCAUAUUCCAUAAAUUUUUGUAUCCAUUCUUCCUUUGCUGGGACGACUUUUUUCCAUUUUGGGGCAAGUAACAUUCUUGCUGCUGUAGUAGCAUCACUGACGGAGGAAGAGGCGUGCGGGGGAGCACAUUGCCACCAGCAGUGUGAUCCUGGGGGGGUGCCAUUGAGGCUGCCCCCCCCCGUGCGCCACACCCCUAUGGGCAGCGCACCAUGCCCCCAAGACAUGCGCCACGCCCCUACGGGCAGAGCGCCACGGCCCCAAGACACACGCCAUGUCCCUACGGGCGGUGCACCACGCCCCCAGGACGUGCGCCAUGUCCCUACGGAUGGCAUCCCCCACAAGAUGCGCGUCAUGUCACGCCCCAAAGACGCGCCAUGCUCCCUGUGGGCGGUGCGCCACACCCCCAGGAUGUGCGCCAGCCCCGCCCCGCCUGCUGUCCGCCCCCCCGGUGCUGGAGCAUGAAGCUCCGCCACUGAGUAGCAUACAUGAAUAAGUUUCUAUACAGUUUAGAUAGUUCUUUCCCUAUAAUUCUCAAAAGAAAAGCUUCUGGGUGCGUUUUUUUACAAAGCUUAUUUUAAACAUCCUUUUCAUUUCAUUAUAUAUCAUUCCCCUGUAAGCUUUAACCUUACUACAAGACCACCACAUAUGAUAAAAAGAACCUUCUUUCUCUUUACAUUUUCAACACGUAUUUAAUUUAGAUUUAUACAUUUUUGCCAGUUUACUCAGUGUUAUAUACCAUCGAUCCCCAACCUCUGUCCUGGUAGUGUCUUCAUUUUUGUUCUUUUUAAUUAAUCUGCCCAGUGUGUUAUUGGAAAUAUAAGCUUUAUAUUUAUAUGUGCAGUUUCUUUUUGUUUUGUUAAAAUCGUUAUGGAUGCUGUACAUAUGUUUAGCAUUUGGUUGGAAAGUGUGCUAAUAUCUCUCCCCCCCUUUUUUUCUUUUGAACAACUCCCUGCUCAUUUAUCUGAGUCCCAAACAGCUUAGGACUCCCAAUACCUAAAAGACUGUGUCCUUCCCUACCCACCUUAUUAGGUGCUGAGAUUGGCAGAGAGAGCCCUCUUGGUACUUCUGCCUCCCUCAGAAGUUCAGGGCUGGGGGUGGCCUGGGAGAGGACCUUCUCUGAGGCUGCCCCUAGGCUGUGGAACUCCCGCCCCACAGAGGCACCUUCGCCAUAUAGUUUCCUUUUAAUGCUGAAGUCUCAUCUUUUGAUGGGUGUAUAUUUUUAGGUUGCACCUUGUUUCUGUGAUUGCAAGUUGUCUUUAAACUGUUUUUAAUGUUUUAAAGGGACGCGGGUGAUGCUGUGGUCUAAACCACAGAGCCUAGCGCUUGCUGAUCAGAAGGUCGGCAGUUUGAAUCCCUGUGAUGGGGUGAGCUCCCGUUGCUCGGUCCCUGCUCCUGCCAACCUAGCAGUUCGAAAGCACAUCAAAGUGCAAGUAGAUAAAUAGGUACCACUCCGGCGGGAAGGUAAACGGCAUUUCCGUGCGCUGCUCUGGUUUUGCCAGAAGCGGCUUAGUCAUGCUGGACACAUGUCCCGGAAAAACUGUCUGCGGACAAACGCCGGCUCCCUCAGCCAGUAAAGCGAGAUGAGCGUUGCAACCCCAAAGUCGUUUGUGACUGGUCAGGGGUCCCUUUACCUUUUUAAUGUUGCGUUUUAAUUGUUGCAACCUAGGCUGGGACCUUAGUGUGAAGGGCUGAUGGUUAUAUUUGGUAAUGAUAGUGAUAAUAAUGAAAAUUAAAAUAGCUCUCCCUCUCCAGUUAUUCCUAGACAUGGCUUACAGAGUCUUGGGAAAGUUGCUGCUGCCCGGCGCAUGCCACCUCCUGCCAAUUUGCCAAGUUUGAAGUCUGAGAACAAAGGAAACGACCCUAAUAUCAUCAUCGUACCCAAGGACGGCACAGGAUGGGCAAACAAGCAGGACCCGCCAGACCAAAAGAGGUAGGAGGAGGAGGAGGAGGAGGAGCAGCACCCUCAACCCCUGGUCCUUUGCUCGCAGGAGGCAGUGCCUUGUGCAUUCAGCUUGAGUUCUCCGAGUAUUUUUAUUAUUUUAUUUAUUUUAUUUCUAGACCACCCUUCAUUUGAGAAUUACAAGGUGGUUUACAGUAUAAAAACACAAACAAAAAGUAAUAACAAAGCAACAACCCCCCCCCCCCCCAGUGAACAGCCUGGCUGCUCAAGUUUCUAAACCGUCUUUAGAGGCAACCCUACAUAUAACUUGUUGCAGUAAUCUAACCUUAGAGGUCACCAGAGCAUAGGUAACGGACGUUAAAGUACACCUGCUGAAAUAAAUAGAGCUAAGUUGCAUCCAUUAAUGGGUCUGCCCUGAGUAUAACCAGCAUUGAGUUGUAUCCAAUGUUACGCCCGAUUCACACCAUACAUUUAAAGCACAACAAUACCACUUUAAAAAGCCAUGACUUCCCUACCAGAGGAUUUUUGGAAUGGAGCAGAUAAACCAUCUAUCCCUAAUCGCAAGGAACCCGUGGAAUAUUGGCUCCAUUGGCUUUGUUUCAAGCAAACCACAGCUAAUGCUGAGUCCAUUGCUUGGCAACAGUGUGGUCAGCUGCUGUUAAUUAAAAACAGGAGCAAUAUUUUUCCAAACCACUUUUUUUGCGGCUGCACUAGAAGAUGAUGGGGGUGAGGUAUGCAUGCCCAAGACUGGCCUAGACUUUUUCCUUUCACACUGGACAGUGGCUCCAGCUUCUGGGGAUAGGGAAGGGUAGUAGGAGCUUGCUGAGAUGCUCAGGCUGCUGCGUGGUGCAGGUGUCCAAGCAGCUCCCAGACUUUGAGCUGUGAAUGGAGGACCACCACAGAACUGCCAGGUCAGUUCCAACUCUCUGCUGAAACUUCCAAGCUGUGUAAAAGGCUGGAGUCUCAUCAUGCUUGCUAAACUGCUGCAGCGCAGAUCAGAUCAGAAGAAUGUUUAUUUGCAUCAGCCACUAGCCAUAGCAAUAAAAUAAAAUAAGAUGUACUGAAGAUAGAGGUAAAAACUUAGCUAUACAAAAUACAUUUUGGAGGUUUACAUCAAUAAUCAAAUAAUAGACUGCAGUGCACAAAUUUAUUUUAUUUGUAGAAAAUAUUUAUAUACUGCCGCAUCAUAAAAAUACAUCACAGCGAUUUACAGCAAUAUAAAACAGUACAGUAAAACCAAUUAAAAAAGUAAAAACCAAAAAUCUUUUUAAGAAAAACAUACUUCAAUAGACUAUUGUGACGGAUAUACUCUUAAUUGCCUGUAUAGGCCUGACGGAAUACAAAUGUUUUCAGCAGGCACUUAAAAGUUGGCACAGCCGGUGCCAGCUGAAUCUCAGUUGGCAGCCUGUUCCACAGGACUGGGGCAAUGACACUAAAAGCUCAAUUUCUCAUGGUCAUCAAAUGAGCCUCACCAACUCAGGGAAUUGCCAGAGAUGCUCUUGCAGGCUAUCUUGGUGAUUGAUCUGGGAUAUAAGGGCUCAGGCGGUCUCUGUGGAUAUCCUGGACCAAGUUGUUCAGGGCUUGGUUGCAGUGUAGAGGGCUUAGGCUGCAGUUGUGGCUUGGUGGCAGAUGUCUGUUGAGCUGGUCUUGAUUUUGGGGCUUGGCCCACAUAGCACGCGCAGUGUUUUAACUCUCCCCUGUUCUUGCCUUCCCCCAGUUCCAGUGCCACGGCCGCACAGCCGCAGGAGUUGCUGCCGCAGCAGGAUUUGCAGAAAUCUGUCUCCAGUUUACAGAAGCUGACGCAGUCAAUCAGUCAGGAGGUGAGAGAAUCAUAUUGGUUUUUCAUGCCCCAUGCGCAUUCCAUCUUUGAUUGAAAAGUGCUGCUUUCCUUGUCUGCUCAGCUCUCUUGGACAUGGGUUGCCAGUCUGCCCAUUCAUAUUAAGUCCCGAUGCUGUCAGGUCCUGAUCCAGCUGGACUCUGCUUCAUUCUCUUUUUGUCUUCUUCCACAGAGUACAAAUUCAGUGCCAGGUGGACCAAAGUCAUGGGCACAGCUGAAUGGAAAGCCAGCCGGACCAGAAGGUGGUAAGUAUAGGCAACCCCUGGUUUGCGCAGAGGUUGUGUUCUGGGUCAUUGCACGUGUUGGUGGGGCGCACAUGAGUACACCCCCUUCUGGGGCCGAAAAAGGUAUGCUUGUCAGUGGUCACAUGUGCCUUGAAAGCACGUGAAACGGAAGUUGCCGUAACAUAUAGGCCGUUGUGCAUAUUUUGUUCUUCUGGUUUUGUCUUUCCAGCUAAGAAGGAGGGAUAGUUUUUGGAGCAUGGAGCCCCAGCCUCUCUGCCUGAUCACCUUGUCCCUCUUUUCUCCCCUCUCAUCAGGUUCAAGGGCCUCAAGCCGACAGUUAUCCUUCUCUCCCGAGGAGUUUCCAACGCUGAAAGCAGCUGGCAAGCAGGACAAGGCUGGCAAAGAAAAGGGCGUCUUAGAUCCGUCGUAUGGGCCCGGACCAAGCCUCCGCCCCCAGAGUACGUAAACAGUAGGAGCCAGAGUCCUCCUCUCACUGUAGCAGACUCAUUUCCUGGCCUCAGAUGUACACACAGAUGUUCAAACACCUCAGUGGCACAAUAUAAUGCCCCAUCUGCACUGUUUAUUAAGCAGUAUCCUACCACUUUAAACAACCAUGGCUUUCCCUCCAAGGAUUCUGGGAGCUGUAGUUUGUUAAAUUUUAAGAGCUGUUAGGAGGCCCUUUCAUAAUAAAACUGCAAUUCUUAGAGUUCCCUGGGAAGAGGGAUUGAUUACUAAGCCUCUCUGGUAUUUUUAGCUUUGUGUGGGAAUAGGGGUCUCCUAACAACGCACAGCAAUCUUAACAAUCCACACUUCCCAAGAUGCUUUGGGGGAAGCCAUGAGUGUUUGAAGUGCUAUGAUGCUCCUUUAAAUGUAUAGCACGGAUAGGGCCUAAAUUGCUCCUGAAGGUGGUACUUAGCACUUGCAAGAUUGAAUGGAAUAUUCACAGUAAAUUGAUUUAAAUGCUGGAAAUGCACAUUUUUCUCCAUAGAUGGUGGGAAUGCCCAUUCAUAACUAAUCAUUGGAGGCAGAUAGUAUAGGCUGUAACUCUAAUGUAAUAGGAACCACUCUUGAGACUCAGCCCAGUAUUGAUUCUGUUUUAAUAUAAUCGGGGAUGAAAUGGUUACAAACCUGUAAUCACAAGAAUACAGUGGUGCCUCGCAAGACGAAAUUAAUUUGUUCCGCGAGUUUUGUCGUCUUGCGAUUUUUUUCGUCUUGCAAAGCACGGUGUCGGGAAAGUUUUGGAAAAGGUUCAAAAAUCACCAAAGUCUUUAAAAACCUCAAAAAAGGCUACCACACCGCGUUCUAUGAGUUGCUCCUCGAAGUCAAGUCGCAACUGUAUUAACGGUGUUAAGAAAAAGGAAACAAACUUGCAAGACGUUUCCGUCUUGCGAAGCAAGCCCAUAGGGAAAUUCGUCUUGCGAAGCAGCUCAAAAAACCCUUUGGUCUAGCGAGUUUUUUGUCUUGCGAGGCAUUCGUCUUGCGAGGUACCACUGUACAUCUUGUUGGUAGCUGCCAACCCAGCGUGAACCCAGAAACAGAAGUGUCAGCAAGCUCCAAAAAGGAAAGGAAUUUGUUCAUAAGAUAUAUGGAAUCAGACAGAAAUGGAUAAGUUAAUCAAACUAGUUCAAACGAGAGAAGGAAGGUUUCAGAUUGUUGAUUUUGCAGAGAGGUGGAAAUGUUUUGUUGAGUCCAGGGACACAAGAUAGGGAAAUGUAAGAUGGAAAAGACAACACUAGGAACAUGGGCCUGGUGGGUGGCCUAGAGGACAGCCGGUUUGUUUUGGUGUUUUCUCCCUGCCCUUGUCUCUUACAAGGGUACUGUGAACACUUGGCAGCUCCCCCUUCUCCACUUGGAGACAAGGGUGAAAGGUGGAACCUGUUGGCCAUAGUGAUGUUUGUGAUUUACUGUAUUGUGCACAGCUGUGAUUGGCCAGCAGAGUAAAUGGACAGCAAAUACUCCAGGGAGUCUCUGAAUUAUAUAGGAAGUUUAUGAAUAGGGUUGGGGCUGGGGUGGGGAGGGGGGGAGACCUAGGACUGUUGGACUAAUGCCAUGGAUUAUGGUACAGAAAAAAUGCUUCUGGUAGGGCUCUGUCCCACCUUGCCUUGCUGACCAGCUUCCCUUGAUAGGAACUUUUGAAAAACUCAGCUGUGUGUUCAGACAGUGGUGUAUUUCUGAAGCAGAGUUAUAGUUUAUUUGCCAUUUUCACAAUGUGGAACUCCCAAGAGUUGACAUUUCCCAUUAAUAAAGUAGCCAACAUUCUGAAUUCAAUAUGUCAUAUCUCCACCGUACUCGCUGCAAGAUUCAAGGCUUUCAUAUACAUUCAUAUAAGGCAGAGGUGGGGACCCUGCAGCCCUCCUGAUACUGUUGGACUCCAGUUCCCAUCAGCCCUCAGUGGCCAGGGAUGAUGAGAAUUAUAGUCAAUAAUAUCUGGAGUUCCAUUGGCUCCCCAUCUCUGAUAUAAGGGCCCAUAGCCGCUGUUUUCCAGUAUUAAGCAGCCUUUCCCAAACUGAUUCCCUCCAGAUGUUUUAGACUAUAUGUCCACAUCAACCCUGACUCUUGGCCAUGUUGACUGGGUCUUGGCAGUUGCAGUCUAAAAUGUCUAGAGGGCCUCAGGCUGGCAAACACUGCCUUAAUGUUUCAAAUGGUACCUGUGGAUUGAGUUAAGAGCAUGGGAGCUGAUAAGUAGUAACAAUACAGCCAUUUCAUUUUCAAAACAAACAAACUGUUCUUUAUAUUUCCUAGUAGCAGCAGCAGCAGCUGUAGCCAGACAAAAACAUUCCUCUUUAAAAUUCACAUCCAAUGCCCUUUUAAAAUGUGUUAGGGAGGGCGGUUAUCAGGUUCUCUUUGUUUUUAUUUUGAUUAUGUAUUUUGUGUUUUUAUAUUGUGAUUUUAUCCUGUGAACUGCCCUGAGACCUGCGGGUAUAGGGCAGUAUACAAAAUUUAAUAAUAAUAAUAAUAAUAAUAAUAAUAAUAAUAAUAGUAAUGUUCAUCUUAGAACUGUGGUUUCCCCUCCACACAGAUGUCACGAGUUGGAGGGAGGGCGGUGGCAGAAACAUAACCCCUGCUGCAUCUUUGACCGCCUCCCUGGCUGAGCUGGGCUGCAAGACCUCCAGCGCAGGAGACGGAGCCCCCUCCUCAGCAAACGCCAGUGACCUUAAGGAGCCCUCUCUCCGCUCUACUCAGCAGAUCCGCAAGGGGGCUUCGCAGUUCAUGGCCAAUGCCUACCAACCCCCAACUUACCAUGACAUGCUACCAGCUUUCGUGAGUCUUCUCCUUCUUGUUUUGUCUUUUGACACUUGUGUUUUGAACUUUUGAGUUUUGAACUCUUAUUCAUUUCUUUCCAGAUGUGCUCAAACCAACCAUCUGAGACUCCUGGGCCGGUGGACCGCGGUUCCUUCCCCCUCCCACAGUUUCGCCUGGAGCCCCGUGUCCCUUUCAGACAAUAUCAGACCAACGACCAAGAUGGGUAAGGCUGUUCCUAGUUAGACAGCUACGAUGGCUGUGUUCUGUUUCCAAGACCAGUAGUGCUGGAGACCACAGGAAGGGAGAGUGCUCUUUUGCUUGAGUCCUGCUUGCCUGUUUCCCGCAGGAAUAUGGCUGGCCACUGUGAGAAGAGGAUGCUGGACUGGAUGGGCCAUGGCCCUGAUCCAGCAAGGCUUUUCUUAAGUUCUUUAAAGGCAAGGAGCAUUAUCAGAACAACUGGCUCAUCUGUCACAGCAGCUGAGCCUUUGUAGUGCUGGUUGCGACUGGUGAGAGUUAUAGUCCAAGAUAGCUGUGUUGGUCAAGACUGAUGGGAGUAUUAGUCCACAAAUGACUGGGCUAGUCAGGGCUGAGGGGUGUUGUAGUCCAAGAUAGUCAUGCUGGCCAGGACUGAUAGGAGUUGGAGUAUUCCAGGUUGGCCAAGAAAAGAGACACUACGUACUUCUCUCUGGUUAAAAACAGUCCUCGGGAGGUGGGGGGGGGGGAGGUAUUGAAUGACAACCAUGGCAGCGGGAAGGGGGUUUAACCCUGCUGCUCACAUCCCAUUUGUGUAUUUUGUUUCGUUUGUACAUCACUCUGCGAUCCCAUGUGAUGAAGGGGGGUUAUAAUGAUGAUGGGUGAUGAUGGCAAUGAUAUCUUCCAAGGCUAAUAGCAUGGGGUGGGUGCUAUUUACGUCUCGGAAAUGCCGUAGGCUGAAGCGUUCCUACGGCUGGAAGAUACCACUGGUGAAUUGCUUGUGUCUCGGCUUGUUUGGCCUUGAGACCUGUCCAGGAAGUAGCAGGUGCAGCUGACUGCUGAGUGCGCAAGCACAGCGUGGCCACCUUGUUUGCUGCACCAGCCCUCGCUGCUUGCUUUAGGCGGCUCACCCUGUCCCUUUGUUGGCUGUGCACGCUUCCUUAGCAGGCACACAAUUUCUUUCUGCCUUGCUCUCCACAGAAAAGAAAACCGGCUUGGGGUCUUGCGCCCUGCCCGGCCGCAAGGGGAGCGUGUUCCCCGGCCCACUAUCAUCAACGCAGAGAACCUGAAGGGGCUGGAUGAACUUGAUAAUGAUGCAGACGAUGGAUGGGCAGGUAAAAGGCCCAGUUGCGUGAGUUUGGGCUCUGUGGCCAGGCUGUAGUGUUCAAUUUCUGGGUCCCAUCCCCCCCCUUCCUUUGGUGGCUCACAUGGGUCCCUUCUCCCUCUGCCCAUUCAUGAUUAUAGUAAAACAAAAAUAAAGAAACCCAAAGCAUUGCAUUGAUGGAAGGUGCUGACGUCUUUCUCUAGUGCCAAACCGGUAGGGUAGUUCACUAUUUUUGUUUGUUUAUUUAAAAGCAUUUCUAAACAGCUUAAUAUUUUAACAGUCCCUAGGCAGUACACACUAUGUGCAGCGGGAGAGAAUCCAGGGGCCAUGCUGAUAUUUUUUGUUAUUACCAUUAACCGCCUUAUAAAUUGCCAGCUCAAGGCAAUUUACGCAUAAGGUAAUUAAAGAAGUUAAAAAUAUAGAAAUGAAAAAUACAUUUAAAACAAGACCUAAACCCCUAAUCAGCGAACAUUUGUAGUAAAGACCCUUUUAUCCAGCUGGGAAAAAAUGUCGAUACAAAAAUGCCUUCAGCUCUUUCUGUGAAGUAGAGAUGGUGGGCGCCUGUUGUAUAUUGAGAGGAAUGCUAUUCCACAGAACAUGGGCACCACACUAAAAGCUCUGCUCCUCUUGAGUUACUGCAGAGCUGGUUUCUGAGAUCUUUGGCCUUUUGUGUCCUGUUGGUUUUGAGUGACAGGCCCAGCCAGGCAUAGGAUGUGCAGAUAACUUCAGGGAAGUGAGCUAACCACCCUCCAUCUCUUUUGUUGCUGUUGCAGGGAUCCAUGACGAAGUGGAUUACUCUGAGAAACUGAAGUUCAGCGAAGAUGAAGAGGAGGAGGAGACUCAUAAGGACGGGAGGCCAAAAUGGUAAGAGCAGUGGUGGGACAGGGAAUCCGCAGCUUAGCGGGCCUCCUUCAAGCAACACACAGAGAGGUUGCUGUGCCCAUGAAUGUGGGUGAGAGAGGCAGAAGGUAGUGAGGCCUGCUUUGCACACAGAGCAGGAGGAGGGAAUAUUUUUCAGCCGCAGGGCCAUGCUCUCAUUUGUCUUAUCUAGUCUGACACCCUUUUCUCACGGUUGCGAACCAGAUGCCUGUGAGGAAAACUGCAAGUAGGACCUGAGCACAAGAGCCCUCUCCUCUUCUGUAGUUUCCCAACUGAUUUUCAAAAGCAUUAGUGCCUCUGACCAUGGAGACAGAGCAGAGCCAUCGCAGCUGUUGAUAGCCUUCUCUUCCAUGAAUUUGUCCAGUCUUGUUUUAAAGCCAUCCUAAUUGGUGGCCAACACUGCCUCCUGCAGGAGCAAGUUCUAUAGUUCAACUGUGUGCUCUGCGAAGGUCUUUCUUUUAUCUGUCCUGAUUCUUCCAACAUUCAGCUUCAUUGGGUGCCUCCGAGUUCCAUUGUUACGAGAGAGGAAGAAAAGUUUUUCUCCACCCACUUUCUUCAGGCCGUGCAAAAUUUAAUGAACUUCAAUCAUGUCAUCUCUUCUUUGACUUUUCUCUAAACUCUACAAAGUCCCAAGCGCUGCAGCCUUUCCUUAUGUGCAGUUCUCUGGGGGCUGCAUGCCAGGGGUGCAUGUGACCAUAUGAAAAAGUGGACAGAGCAAUGGACGUGACUCUCACCUUUCUAGGCUAGGUUGCUUUGCAGAGGUGUCUGUACACAUAUACACUGCUCCCCAUCUUUCCAACCAGGCAAGCAAGCCACAUUAUCACAGUUGCAGGACGUUCUAUCCAGGCAGAAGCAGUGAAAGGCAGAGCAGUUGAGGGAUAUGAAUGGAUGGGGAACAGGAGUGUGUGGCAUUGGGAGAGUCCCAAGGGCUUGAGGUACCCCCACCCCGAUGCAGAAGCCCUCCGCUCCUGUCCUCAACAACUGCAGUUGAUAGGAACAUAGGAAGCUGCCUUAUACCUGUUCAGAGAAAUGCUCAGUCCAGUUCCAUAUUAUCUGCACUGACUGGCAGCAACUCUAGGGUUUGAGGCUGGAGCCUCUCUCAGCCUUAUUUGGAGAAGCCAGGGAACCUGGGGCCUCCUGCAGACAAAGCACAUGCCCUGCUACUGAGCUACAGCCUUUCUUGGCUAAAAACAGGAAGGUCAGAAAAAGGGUCCAUCUAGCUUCAUAUUGUCUAUGCUCACUGGCAGCAGCUCUCUAGGGUUUUUAGACAAGGGACCCCCCUAGCCCUGCCUAAAGAAGCUGGGGGCUGAACCUAGCACCUUCUGCAAUCAAAGCAGAUGCUCUGCCCCAUUGUACUUUGCCUUUCUCUUCAGUGGCAGGUUUGGAGAAGAUUUUCCACUUCUCUUUAGGUCCUGAUGAGCCUCUGUAUGGCUUGAUGGGGUGUGUAUGUGUGUGGCAUAGAUAGAUAGAUAGAUAUAAUGUGUGUGUGUGAGAGAGAGUGAGAGAGAGUGAGAGAGAGAGAGAGAGAGAGAGCUUGAAGUCCAGUUGGUGCUGUUUUAACAUCCAAUGUGUCUUAAUUGACAGGAACACCUGGGACCCCAGAAGGCAGCGGCAGCUCUCCAUGAGCUCAGCAGACAGCACAGAGGCCAGGCACCCCCCGGAAGAAGCAAAGAACUGGGGCGACUUGGCUGGCCUGUCUCGGCCAAUCCGUAAAGGACCAGAUAACUUGCCUCCCUCAGGGAAAGUGAAUGGCUGGGCUCCCCUUUCAGACUAUCAGGUAUGGUGGGCUUGCUCAGCAUGGUGGCUUGCUAUUAACUGCUAUGUUAGUGUGCCAUGUUAGUGGCUGCUAUGAAGGAGAUGGGAAAGGGCUUUUGCAUAUAGCGUUAAAAACCUUUUCCUGUACUGUGCUACUGUGAGGUGUGCAUUUCCAGGCUGCUUGAGUGUUUCCCCAUAUUAAAAGCAAUCGGAAUACAUUCCUGCAUUCAUUCAUUCAUUCAUUCAUUUUUGACUGAACAUUUUUAUUGACACUAUUGCAAUGUUCUGUUUUUGUUCUUUUAAUUUUUCCCCCUUGUUCUUUUCCCCCCAUUUUUGCUACACAAAUUCAAUAUAGAAAGUAGAAAUGCAAAAAUGAUUAAAUAUGAACAGAAAAAAAGAAUAUUCAGUAUAUAUAAAUAAGUUACACAACCUACUUAUUUAUCUAUUGCUCAUUUCACUGCACAUUCAGAUGUGCACAUGUAUGAACAUACUAUCACAUACGUGGGUUGCUAUUACUUCUUUAUGCUCUAUGCCACAGUAUUAUGCUUGUAUAUUACACUAGGGGCUGGGCCCCUGCUUGCUCUGCUCGCCAACCCCCUUGCCACUCCCUCCACAUUAACCCCCUAGAGUUUCCCAUUCCUGCUCCAUGUAACUACUGAACCCACUUUUCACUCUUCUGCUUUGCAAUCCUACUUCGCACCCCUGUUUUCACCCCACAUCCAUGCCUCCUCCCACUCCCUUUUUUGCAACUCUCCCCACACACAAACCACCUUCAUGGUGACCUAUGUCUUCCUCCUCCCACACUUUGCAGCUACUGAGCACCCUUUUUGUCUUCCGCCUUGUUAGGAAGCCACCUGCCUUCUGUUCCACAGCCCCUUUUGCAUUUCCGCAUUCCCUCCCUCACUGCCAUGCUGUGCAACUUGCCUUCUCAUUUGCUCCCCUACCUCACCCUGACUUCAUGCAAAUUCAGGCACUACAGAUUCUCCAGUGGGGGUUGUGGGACGCAGCCUUUCAUUUUUCUGUAUAUAGGAAGGUACAGAAACGUGGUGUAUAGAUACCUGAACAAAUAAACAUAAGAGAAGGGAGCACAUUUCCCAGCUUUGCAGAUUUCUCCUGCUUGGCGCGGAGAUGUUUUCCCUCUCCUUGGUGCGAGUGCCUUUGAACUGUGGUUCACCACUGUAAGGACCUUCUUACUCUUCACCCCCCCCCACCUCCUGUGCUAGAAACCUUCACUGGGGGGCCUCCGGCAGCAGUCUUCUGAGGACAAGGAGGAGAAGCUCCCCCUGCGGCAGAAGUUUGUCCACUCUGAGAUGUCCGAGGCUGUCGAGCGGGCCCGGAGGCGGCGGGAGGAGGAGGAGCGACGAGCGCGGGAGGAGCGCCUGGCCGCUUGUGCUGCCAAGUUGAAGGAGCUGGAUCAGAAGUGCAAGCUGGCACAGAAAGCUGGAGACGGCCACAAGCACGUGGAGAACGAAGAGCCCAGGCCUGCCACCUUGGAGAUGGCCAGCCCGCCGGAGAACAGCCAUGCCACCCGGAGAGGUAGGGCUGCACUGGCUGCUUUCAUGGGAGGCCAAAGGAGCUAUCAUACACUGAAGCAGACCAUGGGUCCCUCUGGCUUAGUAUUACCUACACUGGUUGGCAGCAGCUCUCCAGGGUUUGAGAAAGAAAAUGUUCCCCAGCCUUACCUAGAGAUGCCGGGAAUUGAACCAAGGGCCCUCUGUGUGCAAAACAGAUGCCCUGCUUUUGGGGGCGAGGGGAGGGCAUUGGGGCCAACCAAGAGGUGCCUUGCCUGGAGCAUCUUUGUUAAGAAGACUUUUUUUUCUCUCUCCUUAGCAAACCCUGAGUUUCAUACCCAGGAAACUUCUUCCCCUCCUGCUUACCUGGAGGAGGAAACUCUGGCCACGUCAGCAGCACACCGGAGCAGCAGUGAGGAGGAGCUCCGAGAAGCCGUGUCCCCCGCACAGGAAUUCAGCAAGUACCCGAAACUGCUUCCCCCACGGUUCCAACGGCAGCAGCAACAGCAUGUAAGAACCUCCACUGUGCCAAACACGCCGUUCAUCUUGGAGGGGUGUGUCUAUGCGCCACGGGGGAGAACUCCCUUUCAUGUUAUGUUGGCCACAGCCGCACUGUAUAUUUUAAGCAUUGUAGUACCUCUUCACCAGUCAUGGCCUCCCCCAAAUAAUCCUGUGGCUGGCUAAGGGGUGCUGACAGUUGUUAGGAGACCACCUCCCUGUUCCUCUCCCAGAAGCGCCUGGGAUAGAGAGCUUGACCACUCUGGAAAUCGUAUCCCUCUGAGGGGAGCAGGGUUAUCCUAACUACUCUCACAACCCUUAAGAGUCAUGGCUUCACCCAGAGAAUCCCGGGAACUGUAAUUUAAUGGUGCUGAGAAUUGUUAGGAGCACCCCUGUUCCCCCUCACAGAACUACCACUCCCAGAGUUCCCUGGGAAGAGGGGCUGAUUGUUAAACCACUCUGGGAACUGUAGCUCUGGAAUAAGUUCUAACAACAAACUACAGUUUCUUGAGGGAGGCCGUGAAUGUUUAAAGUGCUUGGGAGUAUGGGUGGAUUAUUAAACUACUCUGGCACCUUCUGCAUGCAAAACCCUGGCCAUCGCCUAAAAAUAGAAUAAGAGUUCAGUCCUCAUAGAGCCAGACCAUUGGUCCAUCUAGGUCAGUAUUGUCAAUACUGACUGGCAGUGCCUCUCCAGGAUUUCAGGCAAGGAGAAUUUCCACCAACUGGAGAUGCCAUUGGGGGCUGAACCUGAUUUAACCCAGAGUCGUAGAAUUAUGGGAAUAGGGAGUCCAGCAAUGUGGUUUCUAUUCAGGGGCUAUGCAGGCACCUGCACUCCAUGCCCAUUUAGUUUUUUUUCUCCCUCUUAAGGACCAGCUGUACAAAAUGCAGAGCUGGCCGCAGUCCCAGGUCUAUCCUCCCUCCUCCCACCCUCAGCGGACCUUCUAUCCACCACAUCCACAGAUGCUGGGCUUCGACCCCCGUUGGAUGAUGAUGCCUUCCUACAUGGACCCUCGCAUGGUCCAGGGGCACCCCCCGGUGGAUUUCUACCCCUCAGCCCUCCAUCCUUCAGGUAAUGUUUCCUUAAAAGGAAGAAAACACCAGUGCUUAAAUUGCAUCAAAUCAUAGUUUGUGCUAACCAGGAGUUAGAAUGCAACCAUGGUUUAGCUUUCAUACAGGCAAACCAUGGUUUAGAGCUGAUUGCCUGCUUUCAUUUUCCUCUUGCUCUCUGUACACCCCAUUUUUUAUAUCUCUUUGUAAGCCAUGGUGAUGAGCUGAUAAUCCAUGUGAGCAAAGGCUGGUGCACUGAUGUCAUUGUAAGGGUCAGGUGAUUGACAGGUAGGCAGCCCCACUCACUUGUCAAACCGGACCCUGCAGGAUAUGGGGGUGGGUGUGGGAGAUAAGGUUUAAGCCUUCCAGCUAAAUCCAGUUCCCCACUAAAGACUUAGAGGUAAGGGUCGUUGAGAAAUCUUUAAUGUUUUGUAAAACACAGGGUCCAAUAGAACAGAACCCAGGAAGUUUCUAGAUCUCUAAUGUAUGUUCCACAACAUAUAUGGAAACAAAUGAAAACAUUUCCAGAGAUCAUCCCAAAGACACAUCUAGUCCGGCAUCCUGUUCUCACAGGGGCCAACCAGAGGCCCCCAAGGGAAGCUCACAAGCGGGAAUGGGAGCACAACCUGUAAUUCCCAGCAGUUCCCAGUAUUCAGGGGCACACUGCUUCUGACACUGGAUGUAGCAGGUAGCCAUCAUGGCUAGCAGCCAUCAAUAGCCUUAUCUUUCAGAUAUUUGUCUAAUCUUCUUUUAAAGCCAUCCAAACUAGUGGCUGUCACGGCUCUAAUAGUUUUUGGUUUGGUUUGUUCAUUUGUUUUCCAAAUUGCAGUUAAUUAUUCAAAGGUUGCUAGCCUUCAUGCCUUCCCCAGGGAAAGAGUUAGAGGGCACCUCGGGACUGGGGAUUACAUCAGGGGUGAGAUGAGCACAGGAUGCUAUCUUAGACUGAGUCAGAUCAUUCAUGCACGUAGCACACUGGCCAACAGUCACUCUCAGACAUUUUUUUGGGGGGGGGGGUCGUGUAUGUGCAUCUACCUCUCCAAGCCCUACACACAGAAGCUGGGGGUUGAUCCUGGGGCCUCCUGGGUGCCUCUAUCUCAGAACCCAGUUUGGGCUCCCAAGCUUUCCAUUGCCUCCUCUCCUUAUCUCUCCUUCUGUCCCAAAACAGGGGCCAUGAAGCCGGCGGUCCAGCAGGAUUCCCUGACCAAUAGCAGCUGCCUGUCGAAGGAGCAGAACAGCCAGCCCUCCAUGCAGCAGGAGAGGAAGCCUGUGUCCGGGGAGACCCCUCCACCAGUGUGGGGUCAGGAGAGCUACACUCCCUCUCAGAGCAAAGGCUGCCCCAUUUCCCGCCCGAAACAGACCGAAGGCAUGGCCAGCGAAGGACUGCACGCCAGGUGAGGGGGAAACCUGCCCAGGUGCUCUCAUCAUGAGGACACUCAGGCCCCUGGCUCGGUAUUGUUUGAAUUGACAAUGCAGCUGUUCUUCUGGGUUGCAGACGAUGAUCUCUCCUAGCUCUGCUUGGAGAUGCCAUUGAACCUGGGACCUUUUGCAUGUAAAGUUCCGCCACUGAGUUACAGCCCUUCUCCUAAAACCUACGAUACUCCCUUAUCCUGAGUCAGUUCCAUUGGCCCACCUAACUCAGUACUGUCUGCACUGAUUAGCAUGCUGGGGACUGAACUUGGGAUUGUUUGUAAGUCAUUGGCACGGUGGAAGUGCUCCUGUUGUAAACCACCUUGCUUGGAUCAGGCCGCAACCUUCCCAAAGCAAUGAUAUUCCAGACUUUUCAAACUGCCUGAGGAAAGGGAAAUGUUUUUAUCCAGCACUGAGAAAUUAUGAGAAGGAGUCUGUAGGGACGUUUAUAUUUUUGAAUUCUGAAUGAUCCGGAUUUUUUAAUUAAAAAAAUAAGCUGUUUCGCUAAAUUGCCUCUGGAUUUGAGUCCUCGACCACCUGCCUAUGCCACAGCCCUCCCUUGCGCUAUGUGCUCUGCCAGUAAUUGGGCACUCCACUUUUGCGAAGUGUCCAGUGCCUAGAGGGCAAGAAGAAAAGCAAAAAUUACAGCGUAUUAAUGAUAGAAUUGUAGAGUUGGGACUCCAAGGGUCAUCUGGCCCAACCCCCUGAAAUCAUAAGCAUUCAUUGCAGUGAGUGAGAGUGGCAGGUGAUGGUCUUGGGAGCUUUCCAAUAUUAAAUCUGGACCAACUGCGGAUGCAAGUCCACAGCACUUUGCUUUUGCUGAAACAGAACUCUAGCAAAAGCCAGCAUCCUGUUCUUACAGCGGCUAACCAGAUGCUCCAACUGAUACUCAGAGGCAGAACAUAGCCCUCAUGGCUAGUAGCCAUUGAUUGCCUUCUCUUUUAUGACCUUGUCUGAGCCUCUUUUAAAACCAUCCAAGUUGGUGGCCACCCCUGCAUCUUGGAUGCAGAGAGAGAGAGAGAUGGAGGAGGAAUAUGAAUAUUGGAAGGCUAAGAACCUAAGGAGAGCCCUGCUGCCUCAGAUGAAAGUCCAACAUCCUUCUCACAGCUGGCCAACCAGGUGCUCUCAUGGGAAGCCCACAAGCAGGACCUGAGCCCACUAGUGAUUCCAGGGGAAAUGGUGUAUCCUCUCCAGCAGGAGAGGUGGUACAUAGCCGUUGUGGCUAGUAGCCACUGAUAGCCACAUCCUCCAUGAACCUUUCUGAUUGUCUUUUAAAGCCAUCGCAAGUUGUUGACUGAUUUUUUAUUUUUUUGUGGGGGACAUUUUCCUUUUUCAGGAACAACAGCUCCUACUCAUCGCAGAGCACCAGCAUCAACCCUGCACGUGACCUGUUUGAGGAGUCCAGAGAAGAUUACUUAAACAUCUUUGACAAGAAGCCCCAGGCCAAUUUUGACAGCUGCAUCGGCUCCUCCCAAAGGCUGAGCCAAGACCGUCUCUUCCCACAUCAAGAAUGUGCCCCUUCUGUUAGCACUGCCGACCCUCACCACACCAACCUGAGGAGCACCUCCUUGGAAGCCGGCUUGGCCCACAGUGAUAAGAAGCCAGAGUACAACGGCUGGGAUACCAGCCACUAUCAGAAAUCCUCGGACGGGACGGCUUCUGCAAAUGAAGAGGCCUGCCGAGAUGAGCAGUCCUUUGGUGCUGAGGCAUGGAAGAAAGACGGGCCUGCCAGCAAGCAGGCAACUGCCAAGCCAGGGUGGGCUUCUGAGAGCCGAAAUGCCAGCAGCCAGCAGCAACAGCAGCAACAACAGCAGCACCAGGAGCAGACGGGGAGGGCUCGAAGAUCUGGCCCGAUUAAGAAGCCAGUCCUGAAGGCUCUCAAAGUCGAAGAGAAGGAGAAAGAGCUGGAAAAAGUGAAAGCAGAUGGGGAAGAGGCCGCCCCUCCCCCACCAAAGGAGAAGGCCCCGGUUCACAAGGCGCAGGAGGAGGAGGAGGAGGAUGACCAUGAUUCUGCUGCCUUGCUCCAUUCUGCCCGCUUCCACUUGCUGGACGAGAAGUACCCCUCUCGGACAGUGGUCCAAGAAGCCGAGAAACCAUGCGAGGAGGAGAAGGAGGAGGAGGGUGAAGAGCAGGAAGAGGAGGAAGAGGAGGAGGAGGAGAAAAACGGGAAAGUCUGGGAGGCCAAGGCUCAGUCAAGGGAGUCCAGUGACUUGCCCCCCACCAAAAGAAACAACUGGAUAUUUAUUGAUGAGGAACAAGCCUUUGGCGGAAGGGGACAGGGACGUGGUCGUGGCUUCCGGGAGUUCACCUUCCGAGGCCGUGGCAAUGCUGUGGGCUGUGGCAGUGGCAACAUCAGUAGCCGGGGUGCCUACAGCAGCAACAGCACUAGCGUCUGCAGUGCUCAGCGAAGUAGCAGAGGGCGGCCCCUGAGGGAAUUCAACCAGCCAGAAGAGUUCCCACGAGGGAAGCUCAGGCGCAGGAUUGCCAGCGAGACCCACAGCGAAGGUUCAGAGUACGAGGAGCUGCCCAAGCGCCGCCGCCAGCGGGGCUCUGAAAACAGCAAUGAGGGCUCCCUUGUGGAAAGGGAGGAGAGCGACCUCAAGAAGGGAGACUUCCGCGACUCCUGGCGGUCCAACAAGAUCUAUUCGGAUGACCAAGGUACCCUGGAUGCCAGAGCGAGGGCCCCACGAGCUUUCGGGCGCUCGCUACCUCCGAGACUUAGCAAUUCUGGGUAUGGGCGAAGAGGCUUUGCUUCCAAGGAGCCUUCCCAGUGGCAGGGCCGGAAUGGGGGGAACACGUGGCAGGAGUACGGCCACGGCACACCUCUGGACACCUUUGGGGCCAGGCGCCUGUCUGAGAGGGACUAUGGCCAAGACUCAUAUAAGCACCCAGACUCCUUCACCAGGCGGGCCAAUGAGGAGGAUUCAUUAGACAAGAGGCACUACUUCCAGGAGGAUUACGGGGGUGAUCCCGAGAAUGCUGAGAAUCGUCCUUUCCGCCGCCGGCGCCCACCUCGUCAGGACAAGCCUCCCCGGUUCAGGCGCUUGAGGCAGGAGCGCGAGUCCAUGGGGCAGUGGAGCCCGGAAGACGGCGGAACCAACCUCCUAGCUUGCCAGUGGCCAGGGAGAGCCAAGCUGACCAUGAUGGAUCGGGGUGGUGCCGCUACCAGGAGGUCUCCUGAGCUGCCCUACCAGAACUCCUCUGACCAUGCCAAUGAGGAGUGGGAGACGGCCUCUGAGAGCAGCGACUUCAGCGAGAGGCGGGAGAGGCGCGGUGGCAGUGCCAUCUCGGAGGGCGAGGCCCAGCAGGACGGCAAUCUCUCCAGCAGCGGCAUGGGGGAGAAGAGGGAGCUGGCCAAGAGAAGCUUCUCCAGCCAGAGACCCUUAGUGGAUCGGCAGAGCCGGAAAGCUGAUUCGACUGGGUUUGGGGAGAAAGCUGUGAGAGCUGGUGGGAAUGGAGCAGCCUCCUGCUACGAAAGCCAGCAGAUGAAUGGGGCACAGAUAAAAACAAAAAGGUAAGCCUUACAGCUUUAAUGUCCUCCCACCUUCCAAAGUAAUGGCUGUAGUUGUGCAAUCAGAAUCUUCUGCUUAAUAAACAAAGAUUUUGCUUUAUUCGUUUUGUAAAAUUGAUGCGGUGGGCCUUCCACUUAGGUGACGGUUCAGUUCUGGGAGUCCCAUGUGCAAAGCCAAAAUUGUGCCCCCCAGAACUGCCCCUUCCCCACCCCCACAAGGCAGGACUGCUUACCAGGGACUGGGAAAGUCGCAUGAGGGCUUUGGGAGCUCCUGUGACCUUAGACACCCUGGGAAGCGACAUGCCGGGCUUUGGGAAGGAGGCACAAGGGAUGCCGCCAGAACUCUUGCACUGCCUUUCCAAAGUUUGAGAAGUGAGGAAAACACACUGGGUGGGGAAAUAAAUAAAUGGAGAGCGGGAACGGUGGGUUUCCCCCUACCCGUGCAAUUAUUAUUCCCCCACCUGCACAAAGCUGCUAUUGUAUAAGUUUACUGUACACCACCCAGUUGUAGAAAAAACACAGUCAAAGUGGUGUGCAAAAAAGACAAAACUAUAAAAUUAUCAAUAAGAGAAUUAAUAAUAGUUUGAGACUUUCAGAAUGUUAAAAUAAAGUAACAAUAGGCUCAAAACAGAUUAAAGCUCACUCCAGCUUUCUAAACAUCUGGAUAGGAUUGUCUAAAUAAAAAUGUUUUUAGCAGGUGCCCAAAAGAGUACAGUGAAGGCGCCUGCCUGCUAUCUAUAAGCAGGGAGCUCCAGUGUGUAGGUGCUGCCACAGUAGAAUAUUGAUUGCUUACGAAUGGAGAAUGGGUAUUACAUGGUACCUAUAAUGGUGGCAGUAGUGGGCUUAUGUAGCAUAAGGCGACUUUGCAUGUAAGGAUGUGCCCGGAUUGCUGCACUGCACUUAAAUUCAACUUCUUGUCACACUGUGGGCAAAAGCCAUGGCUCAGUGGUAGAGCAUCUGCUUUGUAUGUAGAAGAUCCCAGGUUCAGUCUCCGGCAUAAUCUCCAAGUAGGACUGGGAAUCCCCCCUGUCUCAAACCAAAGAGUCACUGCCAGUCAUCUUUUGCAGCCCAAAAGUAAUCUUCUGAGGACCACAUGCCAGUGAUGGGUGGAGCCUGAGGCACAAACAGAUCAACCAAGAAAAAAGCUUUUACCUUUCUGUUUUCUGCACGUACUUGUGCACACACUUCUCUUACCUAUCCUCCAUCCAGACAAGGACACAGUCCAGCCAGGCUAAAAAAAAAUCCUUAGGCUGUGAAGCAGUACCAGUGAGGUCUGGCAUGAGGGGGUGUGGCUUGGCAAGUUCCAAGAGCCAGAAAGAGGCCUGGAGGGUCACAUUCAGGCCCCCAGGCAAGAGGUUUUCCCAUCCUUGCAUGAAACAAUCUUCCCUGAAGCUGGUGCUCUUUCGCUUUCUCCUCUAGAUCUCCCGACGACAGUGGGGGGCUUGACCCUAGCAGUCCUGAGAGCAGCCAUUCUGUUUACGGCUCCCAUGCUAACCUGAACAGCACCGAAGGGCUGGGAAAGAAUCCAGAGAGGGAGCCCAAGUCUGGAACCCAGCAGAUGGGAGAGAAGGGAGAGGCCAUUUCUCAGUUUGAGCUGAGCUACGGAAGUAAGUCCUGUUCACUUAAUCCAAUACAGCAGCGGUUCUCAACCUGUGGGUCCCCAGAUGUUGUUGGACUACAACUCCCAUCAUCCCUAGCUAGCAAGGCCAGAGCUCAGGGAUGAUGGGAGUUGUAGUCCAACAACAUCUGGGGACCCACAGGUUGAGAACCGCUGCAAUAGAGGAUGAGCUUCUGAUACACAGUUUGGGGAAUCAUCUGUCUGCUUUCUGUGCAUUUGGACACAUCUUCAGGUGAUUGUUCCAAACCACCUGAAGGUGUCUAUGGAGAGAAGAUGCAGUGGUUUCUGAUUUGUCAAAGAUUAAGAGAAGUGCAUAAUCUGAUAGACAGCUCUGUUCCAGUCUGUCGUUGUUCCAAUCUGGAUAUACAGUGGUACCCCGCAAGACGAACGCCUCGCAAGACGGAAAACCCGCUAGACGAAAGGGUUUUCCGUUUUGGAGGCGCUUCGCAAACGAAUUUCCCUAUGGGCUUGCUUCGCAAGACGACAGCCCAUAGGGAAAUCUCAGGGACAGCGGGGAAGCGCAGCGCGUCUUCCCCACUGUCCUCGGACCUCCUCCGAAGCCUGGCGGCGGGGCGGGGACACCUCCUCCCGCCGCCGCCGGGCUUCGGAAGGCUCCUCCGAAGCCGGGCGGGGAGGGAACACCUCCUGCCGCCGCCCGGCUUCGGAACGGUGCUCCGGGCCGGGCGGGGGGAGGGAAGACCUUCUGAAGGCGGGCGGGGGCGAAAGUCUUUGCUCCCCUGUCUGCCUGUCCCGGAGGGCUUUUGAAGGCGGGGAGCAAGACUUCGCCCUCGCCCGCCUUCAGAAGAGGUCCAGGACCUCUUCUGAAGGCUGGCGGGGGCAAAGUCUUUGUCCCCCUGCCUGCCUUCCCAGGGGCUUUAAAUUGCCCCGGACAGCGGAGAAGUCCUCCGCUGUCCCGGGGUGAUUUUAAAAUGCCGCCCGCCAGCCUUUUCCGCUCGCCCGGCCAGCGGAGACGACCUCCGCUGGCCCGGGGUUUUAAAAUGCUGGGGUGGGAAGAAAAGCCCUUGCUCCCCAGCCUUCAGAAGGGGUCCGGGGACAGACUGGCCGCGGACCUGGUCUGAAGGCGGUUUCCCUAGGAACGCAUUAAUUGAUUUUCAAUGCAUUCCUAUGGGAAACCGUGCAUCGCAAGACGAAAAACUCGCAAGACGAAGAGACUUGCGGAACGAAUUAAUUUCGUCUUGCGAGGCACCACUGUAAAUCCAGGACCAGUGCAUUAGAUCAGUUCACUUCAAGAUGUGGACCAAAUGAAUUCCCUCUCCAUGCCUAGAAAUGGUUGGGUGAGUCAUGGCACAGGGCCUUUUCUGUAGUGGUGCCCUUCCUCAGGAAAUUCGUUUGGCUUGCUGUCGUGUAGCCCUUAAGUGAAUGGUCGAUACAGUCAUACCUCUUGUUAUGUUUGCUUCAGGUUAAAUCUUUUCAGAUUGUGUCCCGCGGCGACCUGGAAGUACCGGAAAGGGUUACUUCCAGGUUUUGCCGCUGGCGCAGGCGCAGACGCUCAAAAUAACGUCACACGCAUGCGCAGAAGCGGCGAACCACGACGCGCAGACACGGGUUGCGUUCUGCUCAUGUUGCAAACGGGGCUCCAGAAUGGAUCCCGUUCGCAACUAGAGGUAUCACUGUAUGUAGUUUUGCAAGGGUUUGACAUUGUUUUAACAUUAACCCUGCUGCUGCAAUUGGUUUGCUGCGGCUGCUUUUGUCCCCCCCCGAAACGUGUGGUAUUGUUGUGGUUUUUAUGGCAAAUGUGUUUUCAUCUUAUAUUGUAAGCCAUCUUGGCUCCUACAGCUUAAAGGCAGAUUGUGAAGCUUCUUCUAAAGAGAGACAUCCUGGAAUGGCUGUCCAGACCAGGAUGAGUGGUAGGAGGAGUUCAAAGAAUUGGUGUCCAAUGAUCCUGGGAUGGGACCAAGUGAGCUGGGCUGGGCCACAUCUGGGCCUGGAGAGGAUAUCAGAAUGAGGACCCACCCAGAUGCUUCCUGGUGCUUCUAUCUUGUCCCCUUUGUCACCGCGGUCUUCCAGUCGCUCUUGCCAGCAAGUCUGGCUGCAGGGGAAGUGCCUGAAGAUGCUUAGGGCUUCAAGCCAGCACUGCCUCCUGUCCAGACACAAAGACAUGAGCACCAGCAAAAACAUCUCAGACCCAGCCCUCUUGGAGGAGUGUCCAUUUACUUGCCCAGUCUAAAGAUACUUCUUGCUUGCUACGUUAAAGCAGGAGCCCUUUGGGGGGUAGAUGUUGAUGGUUAGAACAACAGCAGAGCUUGGUCUGCCAUGCUUUACACCUGCUGCGCUUUGAACCUUAAAGGUUUUGAGCAUUGAAGGUUUCGGAUGAAACCGCAGCCCCAAUGUCAAGUUCUUAGUCUAGUGAGAACCAGGGCAAAGUUGGAAAUAAGCUGAAGUUGUCUUUAAACUGACUCUCAGAUGGUAUCAUGGACGGACGGCUUUCAGGCCCUGCUGAAGAGACGGAAGUUGGACCGAUUGGGAGCGAAGGCUUCAUCGAGGUCCUGACAAAGAAGCAGCGGAGGUUGCUGGAGGAGGAGCGACGGAAAAAAGAGCAAGCAGCCCAGGUGAGCACCUGGGGGCAGGAGUGUCCCCUGAACCUAGGUAUCCAUUUUUAGCACACACACACAAACACGCGCCACAUGUAAAGGCAGCUGUCUUAACAAACCAGGGUUUGGGUUUCAUAUCCUGGUGUUAUACAUUCUAAACCAGGGGUGUGUGGGAACAACUUUUGCCUUCCAGGUGUUUUGCAGAACUACAGCACCCAUCAGCUCCAGCAAGUGUGGCCAAGGGUGAUGGGAAGUGCAGCUCAGCAACAUCUGGAGGGCCAAAGGUUCCCUUCAUCUGUUGUAAACCAAACUCUUUUGGGGGGCCAGUAGGCACAUUUGGAAUUGUGAGGGAGUGUCACGGGCACUAGGAACAAAGUGGCUGGAACAGUGUGUCUAAUCCUGCCAUACAAUGCAAUGAGGGCAUAUUAAAGAGAGGAGGGGGUUUCCCAGUGCAUGAGAGGCUGCACUGGUGCAGACAGGAACUGAGGAGGAAGAGCAAACAGCCUCUGGUUGUACACUGUGGACAUUUGAGGGAGUAGUUACUGAGACCUUUCUCAGGUGCCAUAGCAGGUACUUACUGGUAGGCACUCUGGGUCCUUUGGGCACUUCAUUGGCAACUCAUUUUCUAAAUCAUCAGAAAUGACAGGCAAGGACAACUUUGCCACCACCACCAAUCUUGGAGCAAAAGCUGGACAAAGCUGAUCCUGUUCUUUCCCAGGCAAAUCCCCAUCCCGACCUGGAGACUUUAUAGGAGAAAAGGGGCAACCGUGUGUGGCCCUCCGGGGUGUUCCAUGCAGCCCUUCCAAGGUCCUGCUGCCACUUUUACAGUGGGUGUUGUUGCCAAAUCUGUGUCAGGCUCCUGUCUUGCCUGAAGAUUGUGCUGUAGAUUUGACUUCUCUGAUGCCACUGCUUGCCGGUGUUCUAACAGAUCUAGCCCACCACUGUUUCCUGCUUCUUGCCCCAUAAUGAUGUUGUUGCAGAUUAGGGUCUCUGCACAACUGCCUCUCGUCACCACCCCCUUGAGUUGGAAGAAAGAGGUUCACACUUUGGCCAGACAAAAACCAAUGUUUCCUUGAGAUUCUGUCUCUGGGUCAAAGCCUUCUAGUGUUUCCCAGGAGUCCUGACGCCCUUGGGCUUCCCUCGGUUCUCCCACAGGCUCCAGCCAAGGGCCGCGUCCUUCAGUCUCGUAUCCCACCUCGCUUUGCCAAGAAACAAAGCAGCAUGUGCCUUGAGCAAGGAGAUGUUUCGGUUUCUGGAAACAGCCUGGGCACAGAGAUCUGGGAGACCAACAGUCCAGGUGAGUCAGGUGUGUCUUGGUCAGGGUGGGGUGGGGGCCACAUUCUCUUCCUGGAUGUGCCAGUAGUUGGCAUGGUCAGAUGCAAAGGUGUGGGUGGAGCAGUGAAUGCAAAUUUUGCUUUUGUACAGUAAGCCAGUUUGUACACAUGCGUGCUCUCUCUCUCUCUCUCUCUCUCUCUCUCACACACACACACACACACUCACACACACACACAUACACACCCUCCCUCUGUCCUCCAUCCUGGCAAGUAAGAGGCAUUGCCAGAGUUCAAGGACAUGGUCCAGGCAGGAAGAAACACACAAGGAGGAUAUGAAGUAGAACUGCUCAGGCACGUGGCCUGGGAAGAGUCCCAAGGGCCAGAUAGAGAAGGCUGCAUUUGGCCCCAGACCUGAGAUUCACCAUCCCUGUCGAGGCACUUCCAGCAAACCCUGUAAACAACACUACCCUCUCCAGAUUUUUCUGGAAAUGCAUCAGAUCCCAGGCAAUCUCUGAAAUGGAGCAGGGUAGGGAGAGGGAAAUGGGGAUGGUAGAAAGAGAUGGAAAGGGGUGGUCCUGCUCACUUUCAGCUGUGAGCCUGCCAAACACUAGUAUACCCAGCGCCUGGAAGAUUACUGCUAAGGGAAUGCAGCCACCCCUUCAUCUAUGAACGAAACUCAAAAGAAAACUCCUCAAAACAUAAGAUGGAGGUAGGGCCAUAGCUCAGUGGUAGAACAUCUGCUUUCCACGCAGAAAGUCCCAGGUUCUGUCUCCCAUGGCAUCUCCAGGUAGGGAUGAAAGAAAGCCCUGCUUGAAAUUCUGGAGAGACGCUCCUAGUCAGUGUAGGCAGCACUGAACCAGAUGGACCAACAGUCUGAAUCGAUAUAAGUCAGCUUCUUACGUUCCCAUGCACAAAAGGUAUCAGGUAAAACCAAAUCCAAACUGCUGAAGCCCAUCCGUUCCAUACGAUUAAAAGCCAGAGGAUAGGAUUUCCCCUUACUGUUUGAGUUUUAUUCUUCUUCCCCAACAUGCAUGUUUGAGAAAAGGCGACAUAUGUAACAUGAGAAGCAGCCCCGGAGGCCUCUCUGAAGCAUCUUAACUCCCAUUUAUCUGCUCUUGCCACAGCACUCUCCGUUCAGUCAUCUGGCACGGAUUCCUGGAGCAAACCUGUCAAUGCCUUUACCAGUAACGAAUCCAGCUCCACCGAGGUAAGUGCACCCAAGCCUCUCCUCUGUAAAGAGUGGAAGGGAGGGCGGGUGUCCAGUCCUGCCAUCCAAUGAAAUGUAGGUGUGUAAAGAGGUGGGGAUGCCUAGUGUAAUAGAGGCUGAGCUGGUGUGGUCAGGAAUUGAGCACGAAGAGCAACCGCUGUUGUACACUGUGGAUAUGGUGAUGACUUUGACAAAGAGGCGUUAAUUUUGGUGGUGGCCUCACGUUUCUUAGGACUUGUAGCGGUAUUGCUGGGAGGGGUUUUAACACUUUCCACGCUUUGCGCAGCAGGGAUUUAAAGGCAGCCAGGGGGAUAGUGGCAUUGACCUGAGCGCUGAGUCGCGGGAAUCCUCCGCCACUUCUUCCCAGCGCAGCUCUCCAUAUGGCACUCUCAAGCCUGAAGAGAUGAGUGGAGGUGGCCUGGUGGAUCCCAAAACUGACUGCCAGAAAGAGCAAGCGCCAAAGCAGUCAGAUAAAAAGGUAACCUAGCUUAACUGCCACUGGCACCAGAUGUGCUGUCUAGCAUCUGGAUCCAGCUGCUGGAAGUCAAGGGUGGUCUGGUUUUGUCAGGCACAUUCUGGAAACCAGGCUCAAUAGGGCUGGAAGUCUUCUAGCUCAUUGUUGUCAACAUUGGUUGGCAGCGGCUCUCCUGGGUUUAAGGCAGGGGACAUUCUGAGCCUGACCUGGAGAUGCUGGGAGCUGAACUUCCUUUCUCCCUUUAAAUCAGGGCCUCUCUUGUUUCCCUGCUAAGGAUUCAGAGCAAAGCCUGGGUCAGAGCAAGGACCACAAGCCGGGCCCAAUUGGCAAUGAGCGCUCCCUGAAAAACCGGAAAGGCUCUGAAGGAGCGGAACGCCUUGAAGGCAGCGUCCCCCCGGUCAAUGGGGUGGAGAUCCACGUGGAUUCGGUCCUUCCUGUGCCUCCCAUUGAAUUUGGAGUAAACCCUAAAGUAAGGAUUGCUUUUGCUUCAUCUUUUUCCGCCUGUUACGGUUUUGUGGGCUUAGGCCCCAAAUAACUGAAGGACUGCCUACCUUCAUCCCUACCAACCUUCUUGGGUGUUAGCAUCUGUUUGGGCAGGUGUGUGUGUGCUCUCUUAGGCCACAGUCAUGACAUGCAUUUAAAGCAGUAUGAUGCCACUUUAAACAGUCAUGGCUUCCCCCAGAGGUGUAGCUUGUUCAGGUGACCAGAAUUGUUAGGAUGCCCCUAUUCCCACCACAGAGCUGCCAUUCCCAGGGUGGUUUAAUAGUCAAAUCCUUUUCCCAGGGAACUCUGUGAGUAGGGGUAGUCUGUGCAUGAGAUGAGGUGAAACCAUUUGCCUCAAGCAGUGGAUCCGGCCCCCAUUGUUGCGCCGCUGCCAGCUCCUCUGGGGCUUCCUGUGCCACUAACACAACAACAAUGCCCUAACCACUGUCCCCUCUAUAUCCUCACCGCUGCUGCUGCAUUGUGGCAGCAGUGGGGGGUUGCCAAAGAUACAACUCGGGUGAUGGGGCUAGUGACGGUAGUAGCGGGAGGGUGGGGGCAGAGUGGGGACCCAGACCUGCGGGGGGAGGCAUUAGGGCAUUUUGCCUACAGUGGUAACAGGUCUCAGGCAGACCAUAUCUGUAAGGUGAAUAAGGCAUCUCCUAACAACACUCAACAGACUACACUUCGCAGGAUUCUCUGGGGGAAGCCAUGACAGCUAAAGUGGUAUCCCAGUGCUUUAAAUGUAUAUUGCAGGUGGGGCCUAAGUUUCAAUACGGGCCCAAAUCUCAUUCUCACUGCCCCACCCCUUUCCCAGUGAUAGGAGCUAAUUUCCCUACUUCUUUCAACCCUUCAUUUCUAUGGGGAAAAGUUAAAGGAGGCACUGGAGGCUCUGCUAGGUUAGGGGGCUAACCUUGUCCCCUGUUAAUCCUGACCAUUAAAGUAUCAAGCCAGCUGCCCCCUGUGUCAUUCCUUCCGUGUCCUUCACAUAGCUUCACCUUGGGGGGUUUGCAUCUAGAUUGGGCUGGGGAACCACAGCAUUCCAGAUGUCGUUGGACUACAUUUCCAAUUAUCCCCUGAUCCUUGCAGAUGUUGGCUGGGAAUCUGAUGGGAGUUCAGCAACCAUAAAAGGACUGUAAGUUCUGCACUAAAAAGUUGAGUACAGGGUUAUGUAGAAAUUGCCUCUUUGCAGGAUUCGGACUUCAGCCUGCCCCCUGGACCGGCCUCCAGUACCACAGCUAACUCAGUCACAAAGCUUCAGGACGCCCUGGCCAGCAAUGUAAGUAGACCUGCCUUUUGCAUUCCUUCCUAUUGGCUUCCAGUCUGCCUAUCGACCUGCCCAGCUGGGAAGAUCAUCUGCUGAUGCCCUUCUUCAGAUCCUCCUCCUGCUGCCAUUGGAGGUGGAUGAUGACGAAGGAGGGGUCUUUUGGAACUACAGUAUCCUCCUUUUGGAACGUCAUCCCCAAAGAGGCCCUCCCAGCAUCUAUUUUGCAAUCUUUUGGCACUAACUAAGCCUCUUAAUUAUUCUCUCCAGUCCUUUAGUGAUUGUAGAGCUCAAGUCUUAUUUUUUUAAUUAGUGUCUCAUGGGAUUUUUUUGUUUUGUUUCUUUAUGCUGAUUGUAUUUUAUAUCUCUAAUGAAGCUUUUGUCAGCCCUGACUUCUUUCUUAAAUAAGAAGAUUGGUAUGCAGUUUCUCCAGAAUAAAAACAAAACCUGUUGUCUCUGUGUUUGUUUCUCUGCAGGCUGGGCUCACACAAACCCUCCCUGUGCUCCGAAGAGACCACCACCUUCCACGGUGCAUCGGCCUGAAUCCCAUGUCUUUCCCCACGACUGACCUCACUCUUAAAGUAAACAUUGGGUUUAAUGGGAGUGGGGCAGAUAAGGGUACUUGCCACAGGGGCAGCUUAGAAAGAAACAACAACCUUUCACAUCCAGCAAGGGCGGAGGAUUUAUUUCUAAGCCUACGAACCUCGGGAGCACGUAGUUAAACUAUGGAAUUCACAUCCCAUGAGAGAUCUAGUGAUGGUUACCCACUUUCGAUGGGUUUAAAACGGGGGUGGGGGAGAGAAGUUUAUGAAGGAGAAUUAGGCUGUCAGUAGUCAAGGUGGCAGUGUAGUUCGUCCAGUAUUGGAGGUGAGGUCAGCUUCUGAAUACCAGUUGCAGGGGAAAGACCAGUGGGGCAAGUACUGUUGUGCUUGUGAGCUCCUCCGAGGCAUCUGAUUGGUCGUUGUGGGAUCUGGAUGCUAGACAUAAUGGGUCUUGGCUCUGAUCCAUCAGGGCUCUUACCUACUUUUCCUUUGAUCUAUAAGGAAAGGUGUGUGUAUUUUAAUGAAAGUUGGAAUUCAAGAAAGGGACUUCCAGUAUCACUCUGGGGGAGGUGGUGUGGGCUUCAGCACGGGAAGCUGCCUUAUGUUGAGUUAGACCGUUGGUCCGUCUACACCAGCAUUGUGUACACCAGUGAUGACCAAACGUGUCCCUGCAGCUGUUUUGGGACUACAAAGGGACAUCAUCCCUGACCACUGGUCCUGUUAGCUAGGGAUGAUGGAAGUUGUAGUCCAAAAACAGCUGGAGGGCCAAGUUUGACCAUCACUGGUCUACACUGACUGGCGGCAGCUAUUGGGUCUUUCUAAGCCAUACCCUGGAUCAAUCGUAGUAAUAGCCAGUGUUAAUGUUGCUCCUGAGUAGACCUGUUGGAACUGAGAGAAGUUACUAUCUUAGGCCCAUUCAUUUCAGUGGAUCUGAGUAGAACUUAGUCAGAAACAACUCAGGAUCUUCUGAAUGCAGAGCACCUGCUGUUUCACGAUGCUUUCACAUCUCAUGAACAAGACCCCCCAUUCUUUUCCUAGUUGCAAACUCCCUGGGGAACAUUUUCUUUCUUGUUUUUAGAAGGGCUGUGGGGUUCAGUGGCUAUGCACCCGCUUUGCACCUGAAAUGUCUUGGGUUGUUUUCAGUUUUGUCCUCUCUGCCCUUGCAGAUGGAAUCAGCCCGCAAAGCUUGGGAAAACUCCCCCAGUCUCCCGGAACAGAGCUCUCCUGGGGGUGCUGGCUCCGGCAUCCAACCUCCUGCCAGUGUUGGGGCUUCCAACGGCGUGAGCUACAGCUCCUUUGGUGGCGUUUCUGUACCGCCAAUGCCUGUGGCAUCCGUGGCACCGUCUGCUUCGAUUCCAGGUACACCGUUUGCUCUCCUUCCUCUCUGUUUGCCUGCUGGUCCCCUGCUUUUCCUUCCCUUCUAGAAGUGAAAUAAAACUGGUCGUUGUUAACAGUUAUACCAGGUGUACUUACUAGUGACCUUAGCUUCUCACACAAUGGUGCCCACAUAUCCACAGAGGGACCCCUUCUCUUGGUCAUGAAAUGGUGAGGGUGGUUAACUUUUCAAAGAAGAAAAGUACAUGGAGCUGUGGAAAGAGUGAUGUUGUUUCCCACUUCAUCUUUCAUCUCCAUGUGCUUCUCAAGGCUCAGAUUAAUUCUGUUGGAUAUGACUUGUACCCAGUUAUAUAGCAAAGUGUGGUGGAGAGCUGGCAUUGUGUGUGCUUUCCCAGAAAUAGCAAGGCAUUCUGGGAGAUCCCUUCUUGCGUGCCCUCAGUCUCUGUGAUGUUUUGCAAUGGAUCCUACUGAACCCUAUGCUGUAUGAGCAAAGGGCAUUUGAAGAGAUCCUGUGGCUGAGAGACUCGAAUCUUGCCUGUCACUGGACCAGCUUGUUUCUGCUACUGUGCUGGGGACUAUUUUAGGCAGAAUUCAUCUUCUCCUGAAAGAUUUUAAUUCUAAUAAGAUUUUCCCACAAUACAGUAAAAUUACAGCUAUGAAAAAUUAAAAAGAAGAAAACCAGGAGAAAAGAAAGGAACAGUAGAAAUAAAGAGAGGAAAGAGAAAAAGAGAGAUAAAAUAAGAAAGGAAAAUAAAAGAAACAUUAGCAAAAAAAAAAAAAUUUUUUUACAGAAUAACUUCCAAUUUUCCACCUGCCAUUUACAUAAUAGAAUAAAAUAUGACUAUUUAAAACUUUCAAUCCAUGCAAACAUCCAUCUUCUCCACUUUGCGCUAAAUAGUAUUUCUUUUAAGUUAAGGUGUCCCAGAAUCAUUUGUUUCCUUUUCCCAUGAAAAGUCCCAAGAUAUUUCCUAAUUGUUAUUAUUAAUAAAUGCUAACCAUAUUUUUUCUUUUAAUUUUACCUCUAUUAAUUCCCACCACAAUUACUUCAUAUUGAAUAACAUUAUUUUUUUUCAUCCAUUUCCAUAUUAAAGACUCCACUGUGAUCACACAUUGGGCCAAUAUUCCACUUUUGUUCCUCAUCAUAUAUCCUCUCAUUCAUGUCCAGAUCCAUAUGUUCAGUUGCAUUUUCUGUUGUAUUCCAUUUCUUGUUGUAUUUAUGGUGGUAUCCCGAUCUUCUUCUUAAGGGCCUUCCACUUCAUUUGUUUCAAAUCUUUUUCCAGAGGUACUAGCAUAGCUGUUAUCACAACAUUCUCUGAAUUUGCUCCAAAUUGUAUGCAGAGUACUUUCUCUCUGCUAAAACUAAAAAAAAUACCAGGACUGAAGUCCCAAAGCUUUCCCCCCUCUCCACUCCAUCAACACCAUAUCCAAAUAAUUCUCCAAAUCAUUUGUGACUUUUAUCUUCUACUUUCCCCCAAAAUCCUUGUAUGGAUGUCAUUUCCUUUUCCACACAAUUAUACAUUUGAUUAUUUAUUGAUCCAGUUCUGCCAACUUUUCAUCAAUUUGUUCUGUGGCAUCUGCAUAUUUCUCAUAUCCAUUUUCUACCUCAUAUUCCUCAUAUGCUUCUUUUUUCCUUCAUCAUCUGGCUCAUUUCCUUCAUCAAAUAUUGAGCUGAUCAUUGUUAAUUGUUCAGCCAUCAAUUGGCUAAACAAAACCAACAAUCACUGGUUGAGUCCUAUUGAAUGCUUUUAAUGUUUCUGGUUAUUAAUGGCCAUUCAAUCCACAUAAAUAUAUCCUCCUGCAAAACUACAAUCUUGGGCUUCUCUGUUAUCUCAAAACAAAAUCUUUUUCUCACAGCUAAUGAUAAUUACUCUACUUUCAUUUUCUUGAGUUCUUUAGUGCGGGGGGGGGGGGGGAAGAUACUGGAAUUUCUAUAGUCUCGUUUUAAUCUUUCUUCUCCACCGCAGAUCAAGCUUUCCACUUUGCAUUAGACACUUAAACAGUUAAUUUCCUUUCAGUUUUUCCAGAAACAGAAGGUGGUAUUCAAAGAUUUUCAGAUUGUAGAUUUUCCCCAGCAGAUGGAGGGAUCUCUCAUUACAGUUCCCUUGUUCUAAACGUGUUUUAAAGGGUUUUAAAAAGAGGGUGUAAUUCUGUUACCUGUUUUCAAUUGAACGUGUGGAGUUUGGGGAUGGUGGUGUUCUCUGCCUGCCAGCUCCCAUCUGAGCUGCGAGGCAUAGAAAAACUGCUUUGAUCCAGAUGUCCUGAGGUUAACUUUCUUUGAUCACCGUAUCUCCAGAGUGAUUAAUAGAGCCAGACUAUCUGUCUGGCUAUUAGCUAUCACCAAGUAAUUCUCUUCUGUCAGCCAGAGCUAGCAGAACGAUCUCUGAAUCACCAUGCCUCUCUCCCAGAAACCGGGAUUUUAAUUUUAUUAAUAAUUCAGAGCACACCUAUCUAUAGACAUACCAUACCUGAGCCAUAUCCGCUUAAGAAAGAGUGUGUCACCUAACUCAGUGUCUUUAUCAGCCACACCCACUCGCCCCCAGAAUUAUUCUUUAAGAAUUUGCUUUGAUUCAGUUGCCCUGAAUCAGUAGCCGUUUACUAGGGAUGCUUAUUCAGAGCUUGAAAUGACUGUUUACUUGCAUUCACAUGAUGCAUGAGCUUCAUUUGCAUUUUAAAAAACAAAACAAAAAGACCUGAGUUAAUGAAAUGGGAAGUUGGGUUCUUAGUGUCAGUAUAUAUAGUAUGCAGUGUUGAGUUGAUGGAUUAGUCUAAACUCUACUUUUUCCAAAUAUUUUUAUUGAGUUGUUUUUUUUAAAAGAGAUCAGUUGUCACAAUUGUCAAUAAAGAAAUAAAGAAUGCAGCUAUGUGAUUUAUCAGGUUGAAACUAAAACAUAUGUGUCUAUAAUGUGGUCAUGUUCAGAUAGUUAGAUAGACAGACAGAGAUACAGUGGUACCUCGGGUUACAGACGCUUCAGGUUACAGACUCCGCUAACCCAAAAAUAGUACCUCGGGUUAAGAACUUUGCUUCAGGAUGAGAACAGAAAUGGCGCGGCGGCAGCGGGAGGCCCCAUUAGCUAAAGUGGUGUCUCAGGUUAAGAACAGUUUCAGGUUAAGAAUGGACCUCCGGAACAAAUUAAGCAUGUAACCAGAGGUACCACUGUAUAAAAAGUAACCUUGAACUCAAUCCAGACACUCACAGAGACUUGCAAAACCUGUUCCAGUGUUGUCAUUUGAGGCCCCAGUGCCCUUGGUAGCAUGAGGCACUGGUUUAUUAGCUUGAGCUGGUUUGCUUCCUGCAGCCUUUCCUGUGACCUGGUCACAGUGAUCUAUGCUCCAGUAACCUUCUGGCCGGAUUACUGUAAUGUAAUCUAUGUGCGUCUGCUAUUGAAGACAAGAUGGAAGGUGCAGGGAGUGCAGGAUUUGAUUCAACCACAUUAAUUCAUAUCACAUCACUUUUUAAAAAACAGCACUGGCUGCCUCUUCGCGUUUGAUCCCAGUGCAUGAUGCUGUCGUUUACCUAUUAACAUUGCAUGUGUCUUGGAACCCAAAUACCUGAAAUAGCAUCUCUUCCAAAUACGCCUGCCCAGUCUUAAGAUGGUCAGUUGAGUAGCCUUAAGGUGUCUUAAUGUUGUCUGUUUUCUGAGUACCUUCCCUCGGGGAAGUGUGUUAUGUCACUGCAAAGGAAACAGCCGUUUCUGUGGUGGCGCCCUCAAAUUUAGCGUGUCCUCUCCAAUGAGAUACGACUGGUACCACAUUGCCAUCAGUUCAGUCCCAGGUUACAAUAUUUAUUUUAAAUUAUUAUUUCCCUAGGCAUUUUAAGUUAAUGUUACUUGCUCUGCUUUAUAGUUUUAAAAGUUUUUAGCCGCCUCUUAUUUUGUUACCGUAUUUUGUUUUAUUUUGUUUAUUACAUUUAUAUCCCACAUUUCCUCCAGCGGGCUCCUCUUCAUUUUAUCCCUGCAACUACCCUGUGAGGUAGGUUAAGCUGAGAGGCAAUGGCUGGUCGAAGGUCACCCUGUGAGCUUCAUGGCUGAGUAGGGGAUUUGAACUCUGGUCUCCCAUGUCCAAGACACUAACCACUACACCACACUAUAUGUUUGGGUAUUAACAGAUGUCCAUGUUUUGCCUCAUGUUAUCCCCUUCCCCUACUAUUUCCAACCCAUCUGGUUGUGGGUUGUGUCUAUUUCAGUAAGAUGUAAACAGAUUUUGUAUUGGUCAUAUCUAUAUCUUCAUCCUUUUAUCAUAUAUAUAUGUUCAAAUAGAAUACUUCAGGUUGUAUUCAAUACUAGUCCUCCUCAGACCAGACCCAUUGAAAUUAACAGACCUAGCCUCCUUCUGCACUGUACAUUUACAUCACUAUUUAUACCACUUUGAACUGUCAAUGGCUUUCCCUAAGGAAUGCUGGGAAUUGUAGUUUGUUAUUAGGAGACCCCUGUUCCUUUCUCAGAGUUGCAAUUCCCAGAGUGGUUUAACAGUCAGUCCCUCUUCUCAGGGAACUCUGGGAAUUGUAGCUUUAUGAGGGGAAUAGGGAUGUUCUAACAACUCUCAGCACCCUUAACAAACCACAGUUUGAGGGUUCUUUGGGGAAACCAUAACUUAUCAAAGUGGUAUCUUAAUGCUUUAAAUGUACUGAGCAGAUGGGGCCUCCGUUAGUCAUUUCCAUUAAUUUCAGUGAGCCUGCUUUGAACAAGACCACAAGGAGGAUACAACCCAUUCCAAUUACGUCAUGAUUUCUAGUAAUACUUUGCUAAGGGUUGUGUGCUACUUGGAACAGAUCCAUUGAAAUCAAUAAGACUAAAUGGGUUAUGUCCAUUCAUUUCAGCGGGUCUGCCCUGAGUAGGACCGGCAUCAGAUUUGCAACCCUUUGAGAUCUGUAAUGUGGGAGUGUGUCUGGUGAAAGGAAAUGCUAUUUGCUUGUAUUCCCUGAAAGCUUUUUAUCCAGUCAUAUGAAGGGCAGUCUAGGAAUACUCAAAACAGGUGGGAAAGAGGACAGACGUGUGUGCCCUUUUCGUAGGUCACUUUCCCCCUUCUUUUCCUGCCCCAUUAACCUGCCUCCCUUUGCAUUUAGGACCGUUAUGGCAAAGGAGUGCAGAAGUAGGAUUCUGGAGUUCAGUAUGGGGUGGGACCCCUGUAUCUUUGAUGGCCGGGUGGAAGGGAGAUGGUGAGCAGAAACGCCUUCUUCUACCCACUUCCCCGCCUCUCCGGAGUGAAUGGGAUUAACUGUUUGCCAUUUCCCCCCCUCUCUCUGAAAAAAAUAUGAUUCUAGGUAACCACAUCCCACCCCUGUAUCUAGAUGGACACGUCUUUGCCAGCCAGCCACGUCUCGUCCCCCAGACAAUACCCCAACAGCAGAGCUACCAGCAGGCAAGUCAACUGGGUCUGUGCAGAUACGUUAUCCAGGAACGUUGUUAAUAUUUUAUUUAUUAUGACUGGGCCUGUGCAUAUGUAUUAUUAAGGGAAGUUGUUCUUAUUGCUGCGUUUGUGCAAAUGUGUUAUCAAGGAGUGUUAUUAUCUUCAUAAUCAUCACCAUCUAAGGCAUUGGUCUUUGACUGGUGGGUUGAGAUCCACCACUGGGUUGUUGUCCUUUCUGUGGUAGGUCAUGGCAGCAGCACCACGGCUGAACAAAUAUAUAGGGGCAGGAGAUUAAGAAACAGGUCCUCAGAUACAUUUUUGGGUUAAAGGUGGAUCCUGGACCUGGAAAAGUUGAUGGCUGAUUCUAAGGUGUUUUAACCAAUGUAGCACUGAGUUAAAUCCUCUUAGCGGUAUAUGUGUUUCCACUGGCAAAAAUGUUUUGCACCAGUGGUGGAACAUUGCUGUGCAAGAGAAUGCAUCCAAGCAGGCUGCUGGUGACUUAGUUGCACAAAACAUUGCACAACCUGUUCCCUGGCAAGUUUCUGCUGUUGCGGCUCUUGUGUUGGAUUCCUCCUCUGCUUAACAUUAAAGCUCGCCCGUCCACUGGCAGACAGAGAGUGUUGCAUACGGCCCUGGAUUUUUACCCUGCCCUUCCUCCAAAAUGAGUCCAGAACAGCAAACAGCAAGACAAGGUGCAAAAACAAAAAGGAAUAAAAACCUUUGACAAUCUUGCAUGCUGACAGAGCUGCCAGGCAGAUUUGGGGGCUCGUCUCAAAACACUGAGAUGGUGAUGGUGAACGUUGAUAGCUACAGCAGCAGCCUCCCCUACCAUCUGCCUAAAAGUGAAGAAAUAGAUAUACCUCUUUUUAGACUUUUGCAGAAUUCUAUGUGGGAUUGGCAGUGCUUGCAUGUGAAAGUUGGCAUUUAUCAGACUUAGAGUGUUAGCUCUGCUGCAUGCACCUAGCUGUAGCUCAUUCUUUGCCUGUUGUUGCCAAAAUCAGAGAGUUUUGAGUGCUUUUGAAUAAUUCCAACUGCCUGCCAAGAGGCUUGAAGCCAUGAAUGCCAUCACUUGAUGGGUAUUUGCCAGUGAAUAAUAGAGAGGAGGGAACCCAAAGAGGGAGAGGGAUAUGAAGUCAAGAGCAGCAGGUUUUCAUGGAGGUAGAAAUGGUAGUCUGCGCCACAAGAUGCUUCCCUUCCCUUUUGGUCCAGGAAGCUUGCUGCCUUGAUCUCACCUUCUUGUUGUUUUUUCAUACUCUUUGUAGGCUGCAGCUGCUCAGCAGAUCCCCCUCUCUCUUCACACGUCCUUGCAAGCCCAGGCUCAACUCAGUCUGAGAGGUGGCCUUCCUGUUUCACAGUCCCAGGAGAUCUAUAGCUCAAUCCAGCCCUUCAGGUAAUGGGAUCCCAAGCAAGUCCCUCCUUCCUCCCCUCUCCCCCCCCCCCCCCAGUCGGCUAGGGCUCAAUCGACUUCUUCAGAGAAUGAAAUGCUGCUUCUGGGGGGGGGGGAACCCCCAUACCCCUGUUUCACAUAAGCAAGGGAAAUUAGCAGUAGGUUUUCUUAGUAGUGGAAGCAGAAUGGAAAUUAUAUAAAUGUUUGAUGAUUGAUUGUUUGGACACACUGAAAUGAGUGGGUCACGGCUUAAUUUCAGUAGGUCUACUCUGGGUGGGACUAGCAGUGACUACAACCCUACAUCUGGGGUCCCCAGACUGGUACCCUUAAACUACUACCCACUUGGCCCUCUGCUCUGAUCAACCCGUUUUUAAAAAACAUUUGUUUGGGUUUUUUUAUGGGGGGGACAGGCAUUCCCUGCUUUUUUGGUCUCUAUUAUUUAUUUUGAGUGUGUAGAUAGGAUGCUUGUUUAUGUUGGUGGUGGUUGUGUGUGUGUGUGUGUGUGAGAGAGAGAGAGAGAGAGAGAGAGAGAGAGAGAGAGAGAAGGUUCUUAGAAUUACCUGUUUUCCCUUCUGUGAAAUGUUGUGGUCCCCACAACAGUUUCUCAGAUACACAAAAGGGCCCUGAGGCCCAAGAAGGCUGGGCAAAACACAAUUAAAUGAAUUUGCACAGGAUACGGAAUUCUCCUCUUGGCACAGGACUUUAUAGAGUUGUAAAAUAUACUGUGUACAUAACCUGGAGCAUAGAAGUUGGAUAUGAAUAGCAGAGACCCAGAGCUGGCAGCCAACAUUCCUAAAUCCUACCUCAAUGUCUCACUCAGACGUGGCCAAAACAGUACCACCUAUGCACGAAAGGAAGGUAUCAGCAAACUCAAGGCAAACACUGAGGUUUGUGCACAUCUGCCUUGCAUCCUUUUAGGUCUCAGGUCUACAUGCAUCCCAGCCUCUCCCAACCCAACACCGUGGUCCUGACUGGGGGCACUGCCCUGAAGCCUCCAUAUUCCGCCUUCCCAGGCAUGCAGCCUUUGGAAAUGGUGAAAACUCAAUCCGGAUCCCCUUAUCAGCCAGUUAACGGGAGCCAGACCCUGGUGUAUGAAGGCCAGAUCAACCAGGCUCCCGGUAUGGGAGCCUCACAGAUGAUGGAAUCGCAGCUUACACAGGUCAGGGCUCUGCUGCUGUCAUGAGGCUGGUGCUCAGUGUGCGUAUCAUUCUGUCUCUUCCCAACCCCCCCACUCCUGUGCUUGCAUUGAUAAGGAGUUGCUAGCUUCCUGCCUGGAAAAAACAUUUGCCAAAAUGUGGCUUGAGACAUGAAGCUUGCCUUUGCGCAUGUCUAAAAAGAUAGUAGAGUAGACAGGUGCUGAUAUUCUUCUGUUUGCACCAGAGGGGUUUCAUGGACACAGAUGGUUUUCAAAAGUUGCUUAGUUUGCUGUUUUAGAACUGGCACAGAAGUAUAGAGGUGGGGUUGGGGAGCAUCUCCAGUUUUGUGUGUGUGUGGUUCUUUGUUCAUGCAGGUCCCGCUACCAGAACGCUUGCUCUCUGAAAUCUUAGUUAUCCAGACACAAAGAAUUAACACCCAAAGCUCACAACACAAAUGGCUGAUUUAGUUAGCCAAAUGGCUGGUCGGCAGCAGCAGUUUCGAGCAGAAAGGGAGGGAGAUCAGACAAAUCCCAUUUUUGUUUGGCUUUUGCAGCAGCUUAAGGCAAAAAGUAUGGAGGGAGAAAGCAUGUACUAGAAAGGUUCCCAUAGGAAAUAAUGGAAAUCAUCAGCUCACCUAGUGAACAAUUUCCUGGGAACACAUUAUGUUUGGAAAGCAGGACCUGUGUGUAUAAUAGUAGUCUACAUUCCAGUCAUGUGGAAGUGUGUGUGUGUGUGGAGGGUCUUUCUGCCACCCCCACUGCCAUCCAACAUAACCCCCACUGCCAUCCAGCAUAAUCGAGGACACAUUCCAGUCAAACAAAAGAACUGCAGCAACAGGACUGGUGACCUGGCAAGGGAGCCAAGAGCCAGAUGGGGAGGCUGCAGUUAGCCCCUGAGCCUGAGGCUUCGCCACCCCUGUAUAGACCUGGUUGCUUUUAUCUGAACACCCCAGUUUUACCUGUGUGAGUUGUUCAGACGUCAGAUUACUUCCAGCGUCUCUGAGCUAUGCUUCUCUUACCUUUUAAAAUUGGAAUAUAUGAGGAGUAAAUUGAUCCAGAUGCAACAGCAAGCAUGUUUUUAAUGUGGCUCUUCAAGACGCUCGUUGCUUUCAGGAAACAAACCGUAACAGGUUUGGGAAGGCCCCUUUGAAAGGCCAUCUGGCAUUGAAGCACUUAAGAUAAUUUGGCGGAAAGUUGGUGCGCGGCUUAAUCCUUUUAUAGCAAACAGAAGACUUCAGGAUGAGAUACUCUUGUAGACACGGUUGGAGGAAACUGAGAGGCAGAUGGGGAGGGGAGGUUUUAUCCCUGCAGAAUCCUUUCACCACUACAAAGCAUCUUUUUUGUGAAAAGUAUUAAAUAUCAGCAAACAUUACCGUUGGCUGGAGGAAGGAAUUAGUGGUUGGGCAUUCUGUAUAUGCUCUCCCCUCAUUUCUUCCUCAUGUGCGGCUGGGAAGGCGGAUAAACCAUGGUUUAAUUUCACUUUCCUGGCUCGUCAUUGUGUAUGAUCCAGGAAACAUGGUUUAAACCAGGGGUCACCAGUGGUACUCCCACGCGCCCAGUGGCGCCCUUGAGACCUUCCUUUGGUCCCUACAAAGCCUCUUAGCCCCCUCCCCUCUUGCUGCUCCUUUGGUCAUGAUGUGGUAAGAAUUUACUUGUAAGCCACAUCUUAAUGGUUCAUGCCCAGGUGAGGGAAUAACACCUUAAAGAAAAACGCAACCAAGAGAGAUAUACAAACUCAUCAUCUGGUAGGGACCCACUUUGUUAGAGGAGCUGUUGCAGUAGGGCAGCCUCCAAAACCAGUAGUUCAGUGAACCACCAGUUUAGGGAACUGCCCCAGAGACACAUUUUAACAAUGCUUUUACAGGGUUUUCCAAACACAAUACGUCAUUAGCUCAUAGCACGCAUACAGAAAGAGAGGCCACCGGUCAAGGGGUUAAAACUGUCUUGCUCCGUUACAUUACCUUUCCUUCAUGCAGACAGAUAAGCUAGAAAUUUAGUAGUUUGUAGGUUCACUCAGUACAUAGCUCAUAUAAGACAGAAAUACAAGAAUCAAACAAUUCAUUGAUAGUAAUCUUCUAUACAGAGAAUAAAUGCAAUUGCUGUAGGAGAUAGAAGGCUACUAAGUGACUACAGCAAAAAAGUUGUAUCAGUGAUGUGGUCUGGUGGUUGUCUUUUGCCCCGUGAAAAGUGCAUAGAACAGAAGGCGGAAGUUGGAAGAACAAUGUUCUUUCUCGUUUCCUCUUUCAUCUCUAUGUGCGUUUCAAGGCUCAGGUGAAUUAUUUUGCCAGAUUCCUUGGAAAAGUGUGUGUGUGUGUGCAUUCUUUGUCUGGGUGGGAUGAUCCAGGGGAGGGGUUGGUGAGAAGAGACCGGGGGUGGUGGUGGUCCCCUGGGCACUUCUCAAAAGACAAAAAGUUUUUAUCUUGGGAAUUAGCUAUUCCCAACGCCAAAACUGUUAUGGUCCCUGGGAAGCAGCAUUGUGGCUACUUCUCAUUAUUGCCUCUCAAGUAACUGUCUGCUCAUUAACACGCAGCUAACAAUGUCAAUGCCGGGCUCCCAGCUCCCAAUGGCCCGUUACGGUUCUGGCCAACAGCCCCUGAUAUUGCCACAGUCCAUCCAGCUCCCCCAAGGCCAGAACCUGUCUGUUGGAGCUCCUCGCAGAAUUCUCUCGCCUGGUUCUCAGCCGCCUGUCCUUGCUUCGAGCAGGGAGGUAAGGACCCACAGGGUGUGUAUAUGUGUUAAUUGAUUUUUUUUAAAAUAACCUAUUUCUAUUAUUAACAUACUUUUUCAAAUUCACAACCUUGAGGCUACACUACUGUAAUGCACCCUGCAUGGAGUUGCCCUUGAACUCAUUCUAAGAAGCUUCAAGCAAUUCAUAUGGCAUCUCAUCUCCUGACAGAUUUAGGAGUGUGGCGAGCAUGUUAACAAGAUCUGCAUUGGCUUCCAGUUACCUCGCAGUGGUCAUUUGCCAAGCAACUUGGGUUUUCUUACUUAUCUCAAAGGUUGGGGGGGGGGGGGAAGAAAGAUGACUAAGAGAGAGAGAGAUGUGAAACAGGUUUUUAUAAAGUCAUGAAUGAUCUGGAGAGACUCAAAUCCCAUCUCUGCCACUGCAGUAGAACUCGAGGUCAUCCAGAGUGAAUUUGUUUGGCAGUAGAUUCUGGACAGACAGUAGGAAGUACUGUGCCACACAAUGUAUCCCUAACAUGUAGCGCUCAUUCCUCCACAAUGUGGUAAGGAGAUUAGACACAGUCAUGGAAGAGAAUUGGUCUGUAAUUGUGACUGUCGUGUCCCCUCUGCACUGUACAUUUAAGGCAUGUCUUGUCUUUUCUUCACUCAAAGAAUCUUGGGAAUUGUAGUUUGUUAAGUGAGCUGAGAGUUCUUAGAAGAUCCCCAAUUCCCCUCCACAAAGCUACAGUUCCUGGAGUUCCCUGCAAAGAGGAAUUGACUGUUAAACCUCUCCGGGAAUUGUAGCUCUGAGAAGAGAACAGGAGUCUCCUAACAGCUCUCAGCACCCUUAACAAAGUACAGCUCCCAGGAUUCUUUGGUCUGUGGGGAGCCAUGACUGUUGGACAUGGCAUGAUAACUGCUUUAAAUGUAUAGUGCAGCUGGGGCCUAUGGUUUGGGAUAAUGUCUGAAACUGAGCCAGAAUCUCUUUCCCAUCCUCAAGAUGGUGAAGUAUUUUUGUGAAAAGGAAAUAACCCUGCAACCUGUUCCUUUCUCCUUCCAGUCCUCGCAUGUAGAAAUGAAAGGAUUCCACUUUGCAGAUGCAAAACAGAAUGCUCCCACAGCAGGGUCCAUUCCAUCGCCUCACACAUACAGGUGAAAUACAGUUUUGAUUGCUGCAGGUUUAUUUUUGUUGAGUGGGAUGGAGAGAGAGCAGGGAAAGGGAAAGGUCCCCCCUCCCAAAUUUGCAUGUAUAAAUGCCUAUGAAAUUUGUUAAUUUAAUUCUAAUCUUAAGAAACUUAUAUGUUAAACAAGGUUUAUUUAGGGGUUCUAUCCAGUGUUAGUUCUACUCAGUCAAUCCACUGAAAUUGAUGGGUAUGCCUAACCUUAAUUUCAUUGGUUUCCUCUGAGUUGCAUUUAGUGAGAUCCAGUUAGCUUAAUCAGGUUUUAUUUUAAUGAUCUCCUGAAAAGGUGCCCCUGAUUUUCUCAUUUGCAGAUUUUUAACAUUUUAUUAUUUCUAAUACAGUCGUAAAAUCUGCAGAGGGGAAGUGUAACCUUAAAAAGACAUCCCCGCUGUUUUUGCUUACAGAAGGGAAAGACUGUGGGUAAAUAAUAUUCCACCUGCUUUGCCUGCAGAAGGUCCCAGAUUCAAUCCCCAGCAUCUCCAGUGUGAAAGAUUCCCCUUCUGAAACCAUUUUCCCUGUCCCGCUGUCAACAAUUAUGAUUGCUUGGCGUUUUAAUUGGCUGUAUAAAUAGCUGUGGAUAUUGAUAGCAUUAUUUGACUAAGGAUCCUAGCUCAGGGGCAGAGCAUCUGCUUUGUAUGCAGAAGGUUCCUGGUUCAAUUCCUAAAGGCAUCUCCAGGUAAGGAUGGCAGGUAGACUCGCUCUCUGAAAACCACUGCCUUUCAGUGUAGAUAGUAUUGGGCUAGGUAGACUAGUGUUCUGUCUCUGUACGAGGCAGCUUGCCUUUCCUCUAACCUGGAUGGGGAUGCUUCUUGCACAUUUACUUUGGUAGCACAGGGAUGGAGAAGCUGUGUGGUUGGACUGCAACUCCCAUCAGCCCCAGCCAAGCAACACGAGAGUGGUCUCAGAUGAUGGAAGUUGUAGUCCAGCAACAUCUGGAUGGUCACAGGUUCCCCACACCUGAUCUAAAAAGCUUGCUUCAAAUCCAUUGGGUUGGAUCCAUAAUCCUUUGCCUGCUUGAGCUUGGUUGGUUGGGGUUGAUGGAGAGCUACAGGUCCCCCUACACUUGAUGUAAAAGAGCCAGUCAGGCUGAGCUGGUCCUCAUUUCACCAUGGUUUAGUACUACAUGCAUGAGCGGGAAUGAGCCUAAGUGAACUCAGGCUCAGAUGCUCUCUCCUCCUCCCAUGUGUCCAGGAGAAAGCUUUCUGCUCUGUAUAGUUUCAGUUUCCAUGAAUCUUGGGUUGUCCUUGCAUAGAGACCACAGACUGUGAUUUAAAACAACCCUAGUCAGGUUCUUAACAAGCCAGCUUCAACCCAUGGUUUAUGAAGCUGGUCUGCUCUGUAAACCAGAAUUUGGGUGGUAUCUGGUGCUGGUCCUACUCAGAGUAUACCUACUGAAGUUAACAAACAUGACUAACUUGAGUUCAUUAAUUAUAGUGGGUCUACCAUGAGUAGGGCUUAGUUGAAAGCAACCCUUGGUUUUUAAGCCACAAGGUAUACUUCAUACCUAACACUCAGGUUCAUGCGCACCAGAGUGCUAAAUCAGAGGUGGGGGCCACAUUUCCUCAUGGGCAGCCUUCUAGGAGCCAGAUGCAGAAGAGGGCUGGGUAAAGGAAAUGACUCCAUCAUGGCCCAUAUUUUAUUCUCAAAGAGAUUUCAAGGCUGAACAAGGGCACUCCUCUUGGGGUCUGGGAAUUCCUGCUUGCAUCCAAUGUUAGUCCUACUCAGAAUAGACCUAUUGUAAUUGAUGGACAUGACUAACAUUACAUUGAUUUCAGUAGACCUGCUCUGAGUACUUAUGGAUCACCUUCAGGGAGCCACAUACUGGUGGUAGUCAGGGCCUGAGAUAAAAGGGAGUAGAGCAAUGAAUAUAAAUACUACUUUUGUAGAGUUGACUAAUUUCUGCAUGCACAAACACCUCUCUGUCCUCCCAUCCAAACAAGCAAAGGCACAAUCUCAGUUCAAGGGACACAUUCCAGCCAGGCAAAAAGACUCAAGGAGGGUGCAGGGCAAGACCACUGAGAAGGUGUGGCCUGGAGAAAGUCCUGAGAGCCAGAAAGCAAGGCCUUGGAGACUGCAUUUGGCCUCUGGGUCUGAGAUUCAUUAUCCAACCCCAAAUGUCACAUUUUCUAGGAAUUUUACUCAGUAAUGUUAUGCCAACCUCUUGAGUUGCUUAAGGCAUUUCCGUAACUGAAGCCACAUUCACAGCUUACAUAUAAAGCCUUAUGAUACCACUUUAAACAUCAUGGCUUCCCCAAAAGAAUUAUGAGAGUUGUAGUUUGUUAAGGGUUCUGAAAGUUGUUAAGAGACCCUUAGUUCUCCUCACAAAGCUACUGUUCCCAAAGUGGUUUAGCACUCAAUCUCUAUUCCCAGGUAACUCUGAGAAUUGUAGCUCUGUGAGGGCAAUGAAGGGGAAGGUAUCAUAAAGACUAUAAUCAGCAUUAAUAAAUAGCUCUCCUGAAUCAUUGGGGGAAAGCCGUGACUUGGUAUCAUUGCACUUUAAAUGUACGGUGUGGAUGUGAGACACAGAGCCUCCUUCCUUGCCUCUUUUGGGCUGUUUAGUUUAUCUAUGUUUCAUUCCUGCACUUUGUUUGUCUGUGGGAUGCGUUACAUGAAAUUAAGGGUCUUGACUCUCUGAGGCACUGGAUUUGCGCAGUUCCGGCAGCCGGCAUUUGAUUUGAUUUUUGUUUUGUUUUGUGGUGGAAUUUUGACAUUUCAGCAGAGAAAGGAUCGUUGGUGAGCAUUGUGCUGGACAUGUCGGGGCUCCAGAAGUGUGGGGAGGUAGGUAAAAUGAAACAGGACUCGUGGUGGGGGGAACAUGCCCCUGAUUCCUGGCAAACACUUGAACAUCUGUGAGGUGGAUAAAAAAAAAUGUGGAGUCCACAGGCAACCCUCUUUUAAUUGUGACUGCCCCCUCCGGGGCCUGCCUGCUGAGCUCGUUCUUGAUUUUUGAGGUGGUGAUUCUCUCUGUCUUUGCUUGCUCUGUCUUAACCUUUGUGUGUGUGUAUGUGUCUGUCUGUGUGUGUGUGUGUUUUCUUUUCGCCCCCUGCAGGCCUAAUUCUGCCAGCCCCAGUGGGAAGCCCUCUGGACCGGCCGUCAAUAUGAACUCUGUGCAGGGGCAUUACAUCCAGCAGGUAAGGGUAAAGGCAAAAGCUCCCUUGUAUGUAUGUAGUCCUCACAAAAAUGGCUGCUGCAAUGGCUGCCACAUUCCUCUUCACAAUGGCUGCCAAGGGGUGAGCAGAGACCAAUGAGGCGAGGGUAGGUGGGACAUGAGGCAAGCAGCAGAAACUGGUGGCUUGAGAUUGGCUCUCUGCUGUCACCUGGUUUUCUGGGCCAGGAAGAUUCUGGGAAAGGCCUACUCUUGCCUCUUUUCACCUGAAACUUGGAUGAGGCUUGGGUCACAUACAAAGCAUAUACAUUUAAAACAAAUGACUUCCCCAGAUGAAUCCUGGGAGCUAUUGUUUGUUAAGGGUGCUGGGAAUUGUAGCUUUAUAGAGUGUAAACUGCCAUUACCAGGAUUGUGGGGAGGAAGCUAUGUUCUUUCAAUAUGUGUUAUAUGUAUGUUGUGGAUAUGAUUUUCACAGGGUUCCUGAUCGAAGGCCUGCGACAUCUGAAAACCCUUCUGCUGCAGACGUUAUUCUGGGUCCCGUAGCAUCCCAGAACUUCAUUCCACCCCUGAAGCUGCCCGUUUAGGGGUACCAGCAGCCAUAGUUUCCACCUGCUAUUCUUGCACGUGCUGUGGGGGCACUUUCUAUCAGUGGGCUCCCCCACUUGGCAGUAGGGCUCCCCACUCCUGGCAGAGACACCUCCACUCCCAUCUGUCCACUGAGGGCCAGUGUGAUGUGGCGGUUAGAGUGUCGGGCUAGGAGUUGGGAGACCAGAGUUCAAAUCCCUGCCUCAAGCAAGAAGCUCACUGGGUAGCCUUGGGUCAUUCACUGCCUGUUCACGUAAUCUACCCUCCCAGGCUGUGGGGGGUGGGAAUUAAAUGAGGAAGGGGAGAACCAUAUAACUACCUUGAACUUGGAGGAAAAAUACAGAUAUACAUGAAAUUGUUAUUAGUAAUAAUAAUAUCCUUUUGAAGGUUAGGAGCACUCUGCCCCAAAUAAUCUGAAUGUACAUAUAAACGAAUAAUUCUGUGAGUGGGCAUUUCCAUGCUGGCCACAGAGAAUAAAGCAUUUCUUUGCUAGAAGGGGUACAUUAUUGUCGUUUUAAUAAUUAGCUUGCAUUUCCAUGCUAGCCACAGAGAAGGGUGUUUCUCCCCCUUGGCAGCUCUCAGGGUACUAGCCUCUUAGUAUUUAAAAAAUUAAAAAAUGCCAGACUUACUUGCAAGGCUGAUUUAAUCCGCAUCACUAUAUUCUAAGCAAAUAUUUUCAUUGCAGGGGAUUGGAGGGUCUCAGUGCAUUGAGUGUGCUUGCAGGUCAAGCAUGAUCUCUCAGGUGCCCAAUUCCUUCCUUUGUUUUCAUAUUCUCCCUCUCUCUCUCCUUCAUAUAUCCCAGCAGGCAAAACAGCGACUGGACGAAAGCAAAGGCAGCCUAGGAGUGGUGAAACUUCCAGAGCCCCCUUCUGCCAGUCUGAUUAAACCGGUGCGCACAGGAGCCAUCAAGCCUCAGGCGGUCAAAGUGGAGGAGAGCAAGGCCUAAGCAACUAUGCCACCAACCCACCCUCUUCCCCAGCCCCAGGAUGCCAGUCAGCUUUGUUAUACUCCACACACACCAUAGAAAGAGAGAGUGAGAAGGCUCUGCAAAUCACUCCACAUUUUCCACCCUGGCCACCAGCUGUGCUGAGACUCCUUGCCACCCUCCCCGGCUUUACUGCAACUUAUCUGUCAGCUGCCUGAAGGGUUGGUCUCGUCAGAGUCCUCCUCCCAACAAAGCAGUUCUUUGAGCCGUGGAUUUUGAUGUGGACCUGCUUGCUUUCCAAUGACAGCAACAAAAGGCAACCAUUCCUGCUGUACCGCUGCUGCUGUCCCCCCUCCCCGAAAAUGACUUGAGUGGCUCUGGUGGCUUUUGUUCUUUCCUUUUCCUUGCUCCCACUUGCAAAUAGCAGUGACCGCUUUUGGGGGGAUGGAGCCCACCCUUCUCUUUGUGUCAGCUGAGCGGUAACAAGAUCAGGAGUGUGCUGGAUUUUAUUUUAUUUUUUAAUAACAAAAAAAACAGGCCUCCAAGGUUUUUAAAGCAAAACAGGAUGCUGUGUCUUUGUUUUUAUAGCAGGACGUUUCUAAGUUCCCUUGCAUUUCCUUCUCUUCUUGUUUUCUACUCUUUGCCUUCUGAAAAAUGACACCCCCCUCCCCCAAAUCUAAAUCAUGUACCUGGGUGCUCCCACUUUGGGCAGAGGGGAUGUAUGGAAAACAGUUCCUGUGUGAUAUGUUGAGCUUUCUACGCUCCUUUUAAAUUGAGGCUGUGUCAAUGCUUAGCCCUUAUUUGUUUAUUUCAUAAAAUUGAUAUACCGCUUGGGGUUCGAAUCCCCGUGACGGGGUGAGCUCCCGUUGCUCGGUCCCUGCUCCUGCCAACCUAGCAGUUUGAAAGCACGUUAAAGUGCAAGUAGAUAAAUAGGUACCGCUCCGGCAGGAAGGUAAACAGCGUUUCCGUGCGCUGCUCUGGUUUGCCAGAAGCGGCUUAGUCAUGCUGGCCACAUGACCCGGAAGCUCCCUCGGCCAAUAAAGCAGGAUGAGCGCCGCAACCCCAGAGUCGUUCACGACUGGACCUAAUGGUCAGGGGUCCCUUUACCUUUAAAUACCGCUUGAUUGUAGAAAAUCCUCAAAGCGGUUUACAAAAGGUGGAAAAAAACAACACAGUAAAAUUGAGGCAAAAUUACAACCCAUUUUAACCCUAAGUUAAAAUGCUCAAACAUAUUAAAAUUACCUCAACUUUCUAAGCAUCAGGGUAGGCUUGUCUAAACACGAAUGUUUUUAGCAGGUGCCAAAAAGAGUACAAUGAAGGCGCCUGCUUGAUCUCAUUUGGGCAGGGAUUAGCCCUUGGCUCUUUAAAAUCCUUUCAAGUAAAAUAUAGGAUAAAUGUGUGGGGAACCCUUUUGGCCCUGUUAUUGAAUGACGGUUCCCUAGCCAUUGGCCAUGCUUUCUGGGGUUGAUGGGAGUUGUCGUUCAGCAACAUAUGGAAGGCCACAGGUUUCCCACACUUGGGAUAGGUAAAGGCAUUUGAUGGCUUAGGACAUGCUUCAUUUCCUUCCUCUUCCCUUGAGUUCCCUUUGUUAAACUAGAAGCAGAACUUGCUUUAAAAGUAAAAACCAUUAUGAAAGGCAUUUAUAGUAGGUCCAGUAGCUGCUCCAGUUGUUGUCUCUUCUGCCUGCCUGCCCCUUGCAGUAUAAAAAGAACAAGAAAACCAGCAUUGCUCUCAUUUCAGAAAUGCCAGCACGUUUAUUCCAUGAGAUCUACCCCGAUCUGGUCAUCAUCUGUGUGGAGUUGGGGUGUUUUUGUUUAUUUAAAAACAAAAAUUCUGGAAGCAAUUAGAUUUGCAGCAAGGGGGUCUCCUCAAGAUUCUACACAAGGAAGUUCUUGCCUUGCUGGGAUCUGAGUUAGUUGAGAGUCAUUGGGUUGAUUCCAGUGUCAACAGUUUUCAGUUAGAACUCGUGAAAUUGAUGGACUUGACUAACUUAGGCACGCUGAUUUCAGUAGGUCUGUUCUGAGUAGAACUUUGUUCAAUGCCACCCAGUGGACUUCUUUUGGUAGCUGAGAUGCAUGCCCACCACUGAAGCAAAAUGGUAGAAGCCUCCUGCACAACACACAACAGGCAGAUCAAAGGUUUGAUUCCUUGUGAAUGAAAGAAAUCGCUGUGUGUGGGAGAGUUUUAUUUCCUUCCUCCUUCCUUCUCCCCUCACAUAUCCACACAAACACACACCCUUUUGCAAAUAAUUACUUUUAGAGCACUUGGGUGACCAAGUGUAACCUCUUCAUAACUUGCAGAGCCGCCAUGCUCUGAAAAGGCAGGAUUAUACUGGAUUCCAUUUUCAUGUUUGGUUUUGUGUUUUUAAAAGAUACUAGAGGUCUCAAGUGGACUAAUUGCUUCCACUUAUUUCCUGUUUAGAUUUGUCUUGUUAAAAACACUAGAGUGGAGAAGGAAAAUUCUCUUUCUUUUGUAGACAGUAACUUGAAAAUUUGUCCUAACGGCCUUUUUCUGCUGGUGGUGGUUCUGCUGGUGGUUCCAAAGACAAAUGUUUUGAACAAAGAAUGUAUUUAAGAAGGAUUUGCGAGAGGUGGUGGGGAGAGGAUUUGCAAGAUUUGGAACACCCUCCUGGAUUUCUUUUUUUAAAAGAGUUUUUAAUUUCUUAAGCUUGGUAAAAACCGUGACAUUUAUAGGACAGCUUUAGUCCUGACUUCUAGGCUUGUUUUAACUCAGCCAUGGUAAUGUUUCCUCUUCACCGUUUUGUGUGUGUCUGUGUGUUUGUUUUCCUUUAUAGAAAACCGUGGAAGGGGCUUGAGAUAGAUGGUGCUUUUAAAUAAAUUUAUAAAAUUGCCAUUCCUGGGGAGCAAGAGGGUUAUUUCUUGGGUUUCUGAGCUGCCCCCAAUGCUUCUAGCAUCUUAGAGUGAUUUGAAGUUUAGUAAUAUUGGAGUUGCAGAAGUUCUUUCCUCACCCCCUGAAUCUCACCCUGUCCCCACCCCACCUUUUCAAAGACAGUGACGUUAAUAUUUCCCGAAUAAUCUUGCUCUUUUUCUUCUUCUGCAUGAUGCCUCUGCUACUUUGAAAUAUCAUGAGCAAUUAUAAAAAUGCUUCCUUGGAUUUUUUAGGGGUGGGUGGGUGGGCUGUGACUGAUUUUAAAUUUCAACAAACUCAAAUCCUGCUCUCACCAGCAUAUUGCUUUGCACCUUUAGCGCUCUUGUGAUGCCCUUUUAAUUUUAUUUUAAAGAAGACACAAACCUUGUUUUUUCUUUUGUAUAUGACUUUCAGAUGGUCCUUCUGCAAAUCGCAAGGCCAAGGGGGAGGGUGGCAUUGGUGGAGCUUGAGUUUAUUGCUAGAUGCAAAAUAUCACAGAAACUCCUGGUGUAAAUUUAAUCAGAAAUACAGUACUUACUAUUGAGGGGGGCGGUGGGGGAAGUCACCCUCUUUUAACAAGACAAAACACUAGAAUUUAUUUAUACGUAUUUGAUGUUGUAGGUCUAGGUGAAAAAAGAAGUAAAUGUUUCACUGCUCUAUUUAUAUAUUAUGUCUGAAUUUACUCUGUGAAGGAGAGGCCAAGAAGCAACCUCUUACUUUUCAUUGCCUCUUUUUGGGGACAGGCAGGUUUAAUUUGCAUUAUUACUGUUACCUGCAGCUCACAGGACUUGUUUUUCACAUGGAAAGCUGUCCCCUUACACCCUUCUUUUUCAAAAAUGCAAAUGAUGUCCCUUCUUUGCCACGUCUUCUUGUUUUUCUUCCACUUUAGAAAAAGAUAUACUUUGUGUUUUUUACAGUACCUGUUGGGGAUCAAUAAGAAGAAGUUGAAAUUUGUCUCUUGAUUCUUUCAGUGCUACAUUCUUCAGCUGAAGGUGGGGAUAAUAACCAAUUUGGAAAGAGGUAGCAGAUUCAUAAAACCUCUGUGGCCUUCUGCUUCCCUCCUUACAUUUUUGUGCAGCGACUUUGUCAGUUCUGGUGAUAGUGCUGGCAGCUGACCCAUGGAAAUAAACCAGUUGUGGAUGAGAUAUCUUCUGUGAGUGGGCUCCUCUUCCACAAACUGGGUAUUUUUUGUCGCCAUUCAAUAGAAGAGAAGACUGGGCUUUGCCUCAGUCUCCCCUAUCACCGGAACUGACUCUGCAUGCAUCCUCUACUUCCGGCAGAUGUUUCACUCAGAGACAGGAUUGUCUUGCUCCUGAGGCUGAUGCAGAAGGGGCAGCCAUGCUCUAAGCCCAAUGGCAGCUGAUGCAUCACUGUGUUUUCCAACCAGCUGGCAUAGCUGCAGGCUUUAUUAAGGCUACGGUCACGUGUAAAUAGUGUUCGAUUCAGCGCCUCCAUUGCGUUGUGCAGUGGUUCCCUUCUCCUGAAAACCCUCUUGUGAGUUCUUAGCUACUUUUCACGCCACGGUUUGUGGCCAGUUGUGGAGCAGAGAAAAGGCUGCAGCAUAUCCCUCUAAAAUUAAAGGUGAAGUUGCACAGGUUCAAGUGAAGGAGUCCUUAAGUUGAAUAAUCCUUGGCUAGCUCCUGCGCAGCAUGAGAACAGCAGCCACACAAUUCUCUGCCUGCUGAAUUUCAUUUAUGUUUGUGGCCCUGCCCACUCAUUGUGUUAAAGCAUACCUCCCUCUGCCCCUCUUGAAAGACUCCUCCAAACUGAUGUAAUUCUCCUCCCCUUUUGCUAUACUUUUAAAAGAAUAGAUUUGCAGUUCAGCUGUUGCCUCCUUUUUCUUUGUUUUAAACUGGCAGCUGCACCCCCACUUCCAGCAAGGACCCCUUACAUCUCGUUUGAGUUGCAUGCAGGGUGGUGGUGAUGGUUAGCCUCUGAUUUUAUGCAAAGAUGCAACUCCUUUUCCAUUGGGAGUGUGGAUGGAUAAACAAGCUCAUGAGAUGAAGCAGAAUCAUCAAAUGAGAUGAACAAAGCAUUUUGAAGCAGUGGAACUGCUAGGUGUGGGAAGAAUGAAACUGGUCUGGGUCCUAUUUUAGGAUAUAGUAUGCUUGUAACUUAAGACCUACUUGUGUCCAGUGGUUUUUUUCUACAAGAUGUAACCAUCUGAAUAGUUAUGUGGGAAUUGCAAUAGCAGUGUGGUACUCGCUUUGGCAUGUUGAGACAUUUCUUAAGCAGCAAGUUCCCCACCCACCCCAUGCCCCUCGUCCUGUAUAAAUUGCAUUUGUCGUUUCUGAAAAGAGGGUAUUGUACUCCUUUUAACCUCACAAACUGUACAGUAAAACUUUUUUUCUUUUUUGGGCCUUUCCUUCUAUUUGUCUUUUCAUGUAGACCAUAUAUUUGAAAUGACAACUGACAACUUAAAAUAUCUUUUAAUGUUCGACGUGGUUUUUUUUCCCCUUAAAAAAAAAACCUUUCUGGGACAACUUUUUAACAUGGACUGGAUGUCUCUGAUGACAGAAAUCGCCAGGCUGGUGGCAGCAACGAGCUCUCUCUUUCCUCUUCUUGAUUUCAGUUCCUAUGGUUUCUCCUUUCAAAUAUGUGAUUGUAUUAGCUCUUUCCAUAUGAAAGAAUUCUCCUUAUUUAAAUAAAAAAAACCUAAAAAAAAC